AUGCGCGGCGGCGGCAAGAGCCGAGCGGAAGGCGUCGGGCCUCCCAGCGGCCGCGAGCAGCAGCUCUAUCCGGGGCCUUGGCGCGUCUCUCCUCCUUUCGCGCCGCCGGCUGCCGCUGUGGAGCGGCGGGUCCAUGUGCGCAUCGAGCGGCGCUGCUGCCCCUGCUCUCCUCCGCGUCGCCUCGCCUCGCCGGGCCUCGACCCUCCCGCCAUGGAUCCCAACACCAUCAUCGAGGCCCUGCGGGGCACCAUGGACUCCACGCUGCGGGAGACGGCCGAGAGGCAGCUCAACGAGGUGAGCGGCCAAGGCGCCAGCGCGGCCCGGCCCGGGGCGGGAGCGGAGCGCGCCAACAGGGGCAACCCCCGCGACCAGGCCGGGCGGCGGGCGGGCGGCAGGAGGCAGCCCUAGGCCCGCGGGCGCCGACGGAGGGCAGAUUGGGCGUGGGAGCCGAGGAACAGCCAUGCGGGGCCGGGCGGGGUGAGGGGAAGGCUACGUGCGCGGUGGGUCUGGCGAGGGGAAGGGAGCCUGGCGGGGGGAGCCCUGUGAAGGGUACAAGGGAGGUCACCUCCAAGCUCCGGAGUGAAGGGAAACUUGGCCGGGGGGUGAAACUGGGUUGUCGCGCGUGUCACUUUCCCCGUUCACACGCACACGCGGAAGGGCUGCUGCGGGAGGAGGCCGGUGGCGGCAGGAGAGCCGCCCCGCCGCGCCGAGCUGCCUUGUGCGAAACGUGGGCAGGAAGAGGGAAGUAGGCGGCGUGGAGGGAGAGCGGAGAGGCCUUGCUGACGAAGUGUGGACGGGGCGGAAGGGAAGGCCUUGCCCGUGGUCGGCCCCGCUGUCAGGCCGCCUUCGCGCUCCCUCCAGCAUUGUCCUCAGGCACAUGGCAGCCUCCUCCACCCCAGGGGGAAGCGUGGCAGGGGCUGAAGCCGCUCUCGUGCCGCCGCCUCUGGGCAGCGAGGCAGGAGCGCCCGAUCGUGGCACCGACGGAGUUUUUAAACUGCCCCUUUCGAAAAGUGGUUUUUUAAAGCGGUAGCCUAGGAUGCUGUUAGCCCAUAUAUGGGCGCAACUUCUGAGUUUUUAGGUUAGGCAAGCUGAAAGGAGGUUGGUGGGUAAUAGAGCCCUGUAAGAGAUCUGAGACGGUCUAGAGAUCGGAAGGGAAAGCCUGUUAAGGCUUUUGGAAUUAAUGGUUUCAUAAGUAAUGCAGCACACAGACUUCAGCUCCGAACUGUCAGCUUGACUGCAGGUUAGCGAACUUCGUAACUCAGAAACUGCAUUUGGGACAGUUUCUGGGCUCCUUUCUGUUCAGGAUGUUCCUUGAGGCUUGAAAUCUAGUUAGGCCAGAGAAACUUACUCCUUACCAAAACAAGUCUUCUCAAAUCAUUCCUAAGGAGUUAGUAUAAAUCCUAUAGUUACUAUUACUCAUAAACUAGUUAACAUGCUUCUCAAAUUAAAAGGAGUAACAAAACAUCAGUAUGAUGCUGUGUGUUUGAGUGAACAGCUGGUGGACUUUCUAAUGGCAUUUCAAACUACAGCAUUUUUAUUAAAGAAUGAAGACUAACUAGAUGCUAAUAUUUGGUAUAAUUUCAAAAACCUGGUGCCUGCUUUGAAAAGUGUGGUGUUCUUUUAAACAGACAACUUCCAAGCAUAGCCUGAAAGCUUUGAGGCUGCAGAAAAUAGCAGGAGAACGGUGGACGAGACUGUUUUCGGCACAUGGUUUGUGGGACUUUCUUGCACACCAUGCUUUCCCUUGGUUUUCCAUCGAUUAAGCUAACUGAAGAUGAAUGUACAGUACUGAAACAUUUGAAAGGCCUACAUUUUAAAUAUUAGAAUAGAAGGAGGCUUCAUAUAGACAGUAAAAUUAUGCCCAAAUAGGCUAUCUCCUCAUAUAUAUGUGUGUGUGUGUGUGUAUAUAUAUAUAUAUAUAUAUAUAUAUAGCUGACUGACUAAUACCUUAUCUGAAUUGACUUGGGCCUACGUGGCAAUAGUCACAUAAUUGAGGGUGGUAGUACUCUUCCAGUGGCAGCUUGUAUUAUAUUGCUGACACUAGGAGAGUCUGCUAUGCUUUUCAUAUUCUUUGGUUUGCAAUAGGUCAUCUGGCCUGUACUACACACAUGGUUCAGAACAGAUGUAGGUGAUAUAUGAUAAGGUAAAUCACUCUUUCUGGAAAGGUAGAAUGGCGAUACCUGAGUCACCGUAGGUAACAAUGGUUUUAGAACCCAGAAAGUGUAGGAAGUGACAUCACUAUGGAGGUAUAAAAGAGACAUACUAAUUGACCAAUUAAGACUGGGGCUUGGACUUGUCAACAGAUGUGGUCAUGUAGCCUGCAGUGUUGAAAAUGAAAUGAUUGUGUCAUGGCUUCAAGAGGAAUUGGGGAAAGCUGCUUUUCUAGGUCUAUUUUUAUAUUGUGGUUCUAAAAUUAUUGCUGUUUGUGAACAAACAUGUUCAGUCUAUUUAUCUACAUAGGUUAAAAAAAGUACACCUUCCAAUGUUCCAUCAUAUUUUGCUUGUGGCGUGAAACUGAAUUAAUAAACUAACAGUUGCAUACAGUUCUGGGAAAUAUGCUAAUAUAUGGCUAAUAUGCAACAUUUUGGGGUUUUUGAACAAAAGUAAUAUACACAUUAAUAUUGUAGUAUCAAAAAGAUCACUAGUAUGGCUGCUACACAACAUGUGAUAAGCAGAAAUUUGGAAUUAUGAUCAUAUUCAGCAUAAGUGCAAAAUAUGCUUAUAGCUUGAAGCUUUUGCCAGAGGAAAUAUUGUGAUACAAUUGAGUGAAAUACUGCAUUAGAAGUAGUACCAGUUCACUUAAUGGUCUAGACUUGCUUUUUGUGCAUUGAAACAUGAUAUUAUAUUGUAAGCUUUAAUCAGACUUGCAUUAUAUCAUUUUGAAAGCACAGCCCAUAGUUUUCCUGGCAUAUGUUUAAAUAGUAAAGUCCUCGCCUCUUGUCUGAGCUCUAUAGGUAAUGGCAAAAUGUUAACAACAUUGUUCUUCAAAUGUAGGUCUUUUAUAUACAGUAAAUGCACGUUCAGGAUUUUUGUCCUGAUAAAUAAUGCCAAUAAAAAGAUUACAGAGAAGUACUGUGUAUACAGGUUGAAACUUUUUAUCUUUUUUCUCAUGUAUAUAUUAAAAAUGUUUCUUUGGAAACUUUAUUGUCAUUUGAUUUUUUUUUAUUCUCAAAGUUGUGAGAUGUCCAUCAAUAUAGGUAAAUAAAAAGACGUGUGUAUUGUGCAUGCUUUGUUCAAUAAGUCUUAUUCUGGAAAAUGUGCAUUGACCCUAGACUAGAGCUUUGUUCAUAUAUUAGGUCAUAUAUUGUUAUAAGUAAUUCAUUCAGUAUUUAAUGAUAUUACUAGGUUCUAACUAUGGUGCUUGUGGAUCUUGGAGUUAUGCUUAUAUGGGGUAAAACGAAACUCCAAUAUGCUCUUAGUAACGGGAACUAGGUAGCUGAUCACGUACAAUGAAGGUUUCAGUUACCUUAUCCAUCUUACUCUUAAAAAUGGGCUCUCAUUUGCUGCUUAACAUAGGAAUACUGUAUAGGAAGCAGUCUUAUAUCAUGCAACAGUGUUAGUCCAUCUAGUUCAGUCUUGUAUCACAGGCUGACAGUAGCGCUCUGGGUUUCAGUUGAGAGUCUUUCCUGGCCAUACUUGGUAACAUCAAGAAAUGAGUAUGGGACCUUUUUCAUGCAAAACAUGUGGCCUAAUACUGAGCCUUCACUAAACAACCCUUUAUAUGUGAUUGGAGUAGAUGUCAUGUCAUCACAUCACAUUUGAGCAAAAUAAAAUUAUAAGGUGAAAUUCAGCAGUGCACACCUGCUUGUGCUGUAUGACUUCAUUUCCUCUCCCCCCCCCCCCGCUUUGUGGUUCCAUAAUUUGUUCUGGAGGGUUCCCCAAGUACUUUUCAAGUAGAUCUUGAGGGCAGGAGUGGGAGGAGACGCUUGUGACAUCUUUUUGCAUCAGCAGACGUGCAUUCUUGGGCUCUGACAGUGUUGGAUGCAACUCAUAAUCAGUUUACAGCUGGCCAACAACAACUGAGCAGUAGACAAUUGCAGCUGGAAUGCAGUGGGUGUCCAUUGCUGGACUGGUUGCACUUCGGUUGAAAACCAUGUAUCAAGUAUUGGACUUGAAUGUGGAAAAUUACCACUCUGCCAUUAGUUCUUGACUGAAGGCCACCUAUAUAUCAGUUUAACGUAUAUCAUUCUUUUUGUAAAUCACUUUGAGGUUUUCUGCAGUCAGGAGUUAGUUAUACUGUAUAAGUUUUAUGAAAUACAUACAUACAUAUAUCAUGGAGUUGCGAGGUUAAAAUGCUAUCCUGGGUUCUUUAGUUGAAGUGUGAGAGAUAAAUGCAAUAGGUAGCUGAACAGAUGUGCAAUACAUAAGUCUCAAAGUUUAGGAUGUGGAAAAUCUGUGACCCUUGAGCUUCCAUCAUCCCCAACCAUUAUGGUCAUUGGUCAGGGAUAAUGGGAGUUGUAGUCCAGCAACAUCUUGAGGUUCACAGGCUCCCCACCCCGGUUUAAGAUUAUUGAUGAAGUGCAUAGUGGUGCACUGUGAAUAGUGGUCUUAUUUAAAUAUAACUUAUAUUACAACCUCAUAUGUGUCUGCCUAUUUAUCCUCACUGAGUUCAGCAGAACUUAUUUGUAAGUAAGUGUUGAGAAGUGCUCUUCAGUUUUCAAGAUUCAUAUAGUUGGUGUGGAGUGUGCCUUUUGUUAGCAAUUGAAUGCUAAUUUUUGCAUAUUGUGUAGAGUCCUACAAUGUAAGGAAUCUAGAGCACAUUACUUUCUUAGAGCUACUGGAUUUCUCCAAUGUAAUGUGUCCUCCUAGUCCUAGUCUAAAGAAGAAAAGCUUCAGUGAUAGAGAGCAGAGGUUUCUUAACCCCUCCUCCUCCUCCCUCCUAGCUUAUUCCCAGCCUCCACAAAAUGUUGGGCUAGUGCCAGCUGUCAAAAUUGCCUUUAUGUGUACUGCCACAGCCUAGUUUCCUACUGGGAGACAGGAAGCACCAUCAUUCUUCAUUGGGUCCUAGACUCCCUCCUGUCCUGCCAGUGGCUGGAUAGAAUGCAGUUGCAUUUAAUUUUGUUUUAAAUGUUUGUGCCUAUUUUGCUGUUCGUUUGGGGUUUUUGUUUUUUGCUUGCCUGGUGAAAUGUUAGUGCAGAAGAAAGAGAGGUCACUAUUAAUUCUUCCACAAACUUCAGAAGAAUAGCUAGGAAGCCAUUAUACAUUUGCUUUGGUUUUCCAGAUUUCUUCAAACUAGAAAAAGAAAAUGCUUAUUAGCAGUAAUCCCUCUGAUUUCUUGAAGAAUGCUUCCUAAUAAUCUCAUUCCUCUUUCCCCUAUCUUCAGACAUUCUAACCCUUUUAAAGGUUUUGGAGGUCUGUGUUAAGCAGUAAAUAAUGACUUGAAGUGAUUACCGCCAUCAAAAGAUGCCAAAAUAGAACAUUUAAAAAUCUGUUGUAGUUUUUUGUUGCUUAGUUAAAAUGUCAGUAAACCAUGGCAACUAAAAGUGGUGAUAACGGUUCUUUUAGUUUUUUGUAGUAUCCCACCUUCUAUUAUCUACAGGAACAUAUUAAUAACACUUACUUUACCAUUCUCUUUAUAAAAGAAGUUUAGUUGAAAUGCCUUUUCCUUGAAACAUUCUCAUGGCUUAAGUGACUUGCUUGUAUGUUACCAAAUUAUGAUAAAUAUUUUUAGAUUGCCUGUGAUUGAGCUUCAUAUUUUUAUUUUUAUUUUUAGGAAGCUGGUGUGUUAUAGCUAUUAUGUUGGUGUAAAAUUGGAAUGACCCACAGUGAGCAAAAUGGUUUGUGUGGCUUAAGCUUUGCUUAAAACAUUAAAUAUGAUCUUACAUAACUUUUGAGUAAGUGAACUUUGAUAAGAAAUAAUACUUCAAAAUGUGUUUAGUUCCCGAAAGAGUAGUGUAACAUGCGGUGGAGUGGGAAGAACAAAUCUGUUAAUAAGGUUGCAUAGCAAACAUAGAUUUUAGAAAUGUCACUGGAUUCCUUGGCUCUUAAACAACUAGGAAGUCAUGCCCAUGACACAGCAUAUUGAGGACAAGGCAGGGUGUUUUAUCUUGUUUAUUCUUAAACAAGAUAAAUAGGCUUUCUUUAAAAUGUUAGAUAUUUUUCAGUUAGUUUCAGGUUCUUCUGCAUGCAUGUGAAUAACAACGCAAUAUGAAAUGGUAAGUCUUAGGAAGUAGCUUCCCUCCAUUGUUACCAUACUGUAUUUCAGUUCUGGUUCUUGUCAGUAAUAGCAAACCAAGAAGUACAAUACAGGUAACUUCUUAUACAAGGGUUCGGUUCCAGUGGUCCAUGCAUAUACACAAAAAUGUGUAAAGCCAGGAACGCCUGGAACCAAGCCCCCUGCAAUGUGGAGGACUGCUUGCUCAGCUUUGGGAACCCUCCUGCUUCCUUUGCAAAGUCAUUUAAGUGCUUGCCCUGCUUUGGGAGUGAGGAGGGAGGGCUCUAGAUCCCUUCCGAGACCACAUGCCUCCUUCCCAAACUUAUCCACUAGAGGCUGCCAGACAGGUGGGUGGAAAUAAAUAAAUGGAUAGUGCUUUUCCUCUGCUCUCCGUUUAUUAUUUAUUCCUUCCCCACUCGUGCAAAGUUAAAUGACUGUAAGAUGCAAGUUACCUGUGUAGUAAACUAAGAAGUGUUUUUAAAACUUAGCAUAACACGAGCUUUUGCAUGGAAGGGUUUAUAAGAGAAGUUUCACUAUCUUCUCUGUUGAUGAACUAAGAGAGACAUUGGGUUGCAUUAUGAUGUAAUUUGUGCCACACCAGUGAUAAGCCACAAUUUGUUCAAGUCUUUCCUCUUAGAUUGUGAGAAUAAAAGGCUGGUAUAAAGGAAGGAAAGCAUACACAAAUGUGGCAAUUUGAAAUGCUGCUGGACACUUGUAUUACAGCAGCUGUUCAGAGGAUGCUUAAUAAGCAGCAUGUGGAAGGAAGAAGGAGAAAGAGUGAAAAAUGGGACAAUGAGAAAGAAAACCUUGAAAAAUUAAGUAGUCUCCGUAUUGAAUGUUGGUUAGAAAUUGGAAUCUGAUCCAGAGAAAUCUAGCAAGCAUUCAUGAUGUUCUUGAAAAACAAGUGUACAGAAGAUUAGAAUGGAAAUAUUGAUUGAAAUUCAAAGAAGUGUUCACCUUCCAUUUUAUUCCCUGUUCUCAGCUUUCCAAUUUUAGACAGGCAUGUUGUUUAUAUGCAAUAUAGUUUAAAACUAAUUUUUCCCCUAAAAAAUGUGAUUAUACCAAAGUCUGCCUGAAGUUACAUUAAUAAAAAUCCCUAACUUUUAAUAUGGCCGAGGCUGUAAAUGUACCUUAUUAAGCAUUUUAUAAUGAGAGAGAUUCAUGUCCACUGACACAAAUAGCAGAUGAUAAAAUACCACCUUUUUGCUUGAACUGAAUUCCCAAAUUAACAGCAUCCAUUGCAUGCCAUUUUGCACCUCUUGCUUUAACGUGUUUGCAUUUUCCAGCUUUGCAGUUUGUUUACAAGGGCAGUCUUUCUGAUUAUAAUUCUAACAAGUUAAGUAAGGCAGCACCUUGGAAGAGAGCAAUAUUUCCAUGCAGAUCAGAUAAGAAGCAUUGUCUCAUUUUCUCUCAGUUAUGACUUACCAAGACUUCAUGUCUUAAGUUAGUAACAAUAAUAAAAGAACAACAAAGUCUGAUGAAUGAAUGCAUCCUCUAUUAAAGAGAAGUGGUUGGCUUAAAGCUAAUGCAUCUUUUCCCAAAUUUGUAUCAGUAGCAUGAUGAUAUCACACCUCUUUAGGUAGCAUAUUUGAACCAAGAUUAGAUUGUUCUGGGUUCAUGCUGUUCUGCUGAAUAGGUUUCUUUUUAUGUCAUGCCUGUUUGUCACUAUGCCAAUUUUUUUAUAUAUUGGCAGUGAACUAAAAGUGAGUCACCAGUGAGUAGUUCAUUAUGUUCAAACAACUUGGAUUUGUAAUCGGCUCCUAAGAUGACUCGGCUUUGUCUGGUGGUUAAAGGGAAAAUAUUUUACAAUGAGUUGUCCUAGUUUCUCCAUACACACAAUGAGGGCGAAUGGUGCUUUUGGAAGGUGUGAUGAAAAAAUCAUUCUGCUUUAGAAACUGUUCUUGCCAGUACAGUAGAAUCUACUGAUCUAUACAUGCCUCUAGUAAGAGAAGGAAGAAGUUGUCACCCUAUUGAUCUAUUAAACCAGGUGUCAGGGACCUCUGGCCCUCCAGACAUUGCUGAACUACAGUUCACACCAGCUCAAGCAAGCAUAGCUAGUAGUCAGUGAUGAUGGAAUAUAUAGUUCAGCAACAUCUGGAGAUCCAACAAUUCCCUACACCUGCAAUAGACCAAAAAUAGAGGCCUAUUUGAGCAUCUUUCAAAUUCACCAGAACUCUUCAGCAGGCUAGAUGUUAUGAAAAAAAUGAUAUAGAAGGAGGACAUAUUCUUGAAUGUGAUGAAAAACCAAAAUAUAUAGUUUGCAAUAGAAUGGAGUAUUCCAGAGCCCGUAUAGAGCCCUUCUAAGGUUCCCUAUCUGCAGGAGAAAGUAACAGAGGCCAGCCAGAGUAUAAUGUACUGAGAAGCAAAGCGGCUUGGAAGCUUGAUCUUUAUUAAAGGAACUGUUGCAACAGGGUCCCCACUCACCACAUGCAGGACGGAGGAGAACCCUGAACAAUGAUGCACAAGCCCUUAUAUAGACACUUGAAAUUGUCCACCCUGUAGUCCAAGACCACCCCCCUGAAACAUCAUAUAUACAUCACGGAAGGGGGCGGUCUACAGCAGAAAUCCUGUCUGCCAGGAUACCUUGAUAAUAGUCACUGAUUGCAUUACCUGGGCAGUCCGGCCAUUCUUUUGUGAUGAUCAAUACUUUAGUUCCUGAAUCCAGGUCAGAAACUCACCCUAUUCAUACACAAAUACAGCCUUUUUGCUUGGAAGCAAAAAGACAAUGGGAAGGCUUUCUCCAUUUGUCUCCCUUACUGCAGAGGAAUAUUUGAGCUAACUGGGAGAGACAAAAUGAUUUCAGGAUUGCUCUCCCAUACUAUUUCAGAUACAUGGUGUGUUUGUGUGUGUAUAUGGUGCAUUUAAUAUAUACAGGGUGAGUCCUUUAAAAGAGGCCCUGCGGAUACCGAGUACACAUGUUCCACGGGGUCUCUUUUAAAAGACUCACCCUGUAUGUAUUAAAUGCACCAUAUAUGUAUGCAUUUAUGGAUAUUAAUAUUUAUUCUAUAUUUGAGACCUUAUAAUUCUUACAACAAUCAAAAGAUACCUGUGUUUCCACUACAGCUAUCACCUUUGUUGCAAGAGGGCUGAUCAUUGUAGUUUGGAAUCUAAUGAAACUAAGGGUUUAGGCUUAUAGCCGUUGAUCUGUAUACUCUUCCCCUCCUUCAAUACUCAACCUGUGAUUUUCCUAAAGUGAGUGCUGGGACUUCUUUAAAAAGGUGCAGGCAGGUGCUUGGAGAUGUAUUUUUCUUUUUAAUAUUUGCUGCCAACUGUGUGUGUUUAUAGGGCUAGGGAUUCUGAAUAUCUGCUUGCUACUGUUAUGUCCCCUUUUAAAUCCAGUCUGAGUGGCUGUGGGUAUUCUCCCUGCUGCCAUUCCCUAUUUAUUUGUAGCAGGACUUUUAAGAACAAUUUCCCCUCUGAUCUCUCUGGAGAAACUUUUAAAGCAAACCUUGGAGCCGUUAGCUUUUCCAUUUCUGUGAUGUUCCUCUAAAGCAAAUAUCCCUCUGUGACAAGAUCUCUUAAUCAGUACUCAUGGUUGAUAGGUGUAGUCUGAGACUUUCUCCACCCCAUCAAGAAUAAGAUUGUGUUGGUUUCCUAAAUUGUUGUUCAAGCUCUUUUUAGUAGUCUCAUCUUAAAUUCUAUAAGUUUGUUGAGGAGGAAGAUAGCAUGCUUACAAAAUGUUUCCUGGCACUACAAGUGUGUAAGUCACUUGCAGUGAAUAGCAGGAAUUGUCUCUUACACACACCCUAGGACUUUAAACUCAACUUUGAUUCAUUCUGCAUAGAUUUGUGUUGCAUGUUCCUAAUAAACAUUGGCAGGUUCAUAAGAGUGGAGUACAGUGGUGCCUCGCAAGACGAAAUUAAUCCGUUCCGUGAGUCUCUUCGUCUUGCGAAGCACGGCUAUUAGCGGCUUAGUGGCUAUUAACGGCUUAGCGGCUUUAAGAAAAAGGAAACAAACUCGCAAGAACUUGCAAGACGUUUUGUCUUGCGAAGCAAGCCCAUAGGGAAAUUCGUCUUGCGGAACGACUAAAAAAACGGAAAACUCUUUCGUCUUGCGCGUUUUUCGUCUUGCGAGGCAUUCGUCUUGCGAGGCACCACUGUAUCAUGCUCUUGAGAUAGAGAUAAGGUCCUAGCCACAGGCACAGUGUUCUCAAACCAGGAAGGAGGGAAGAGCACCUUUGUUUGUGAAAUGUGGAGGGGAAGAAGGAAUAGCCUGCAGCUCAAAAAUCAAAUUACCGUAUUUUUCGCUCUAUAGGACUCACUUUUUCCCCUCCAAAAAUUGAGGGGAAAUGUGUGUGCGUCCUAUGGAGCGAAUGCAGGCUCCUUGGCUUCAGCGAUAGCAACGCUAAGCCUCUGAACCGCAGAGGGAGCACUCCCUCCGCGCUCCGGAGGCUUCGAGUUGCUUUCACUGAAGCCUGGAGAGCGAGAGGCGUCAGUGCGUACUGACCCCUCUCGCUCUCCAGGCUUCAGGGAUAGCUGUGCACAGCCCCUCCGGCAGGGAGAGGCUGCAUGGGGCUAAAGAGGAAGCCAAAACAGCGAGAGGGAUCCAUCCCGCUCGCUGCCUUGGCUUGUGCCAUAGCCCUGCACAACCCCUCCGGAAGGGAGAGGUUGCGCAGCAUGUACGGUGCUCUUUGGGGCUGGGGGAAAUAAGAUUUUUUUUUCUUGAUUCCCCCCCCCCCUAAAAACUAGGUGCGCCCUAUGGUCCGGUGCGCCCUAUGGAGCGAAAAAUACGGUAUAAUAGAGGGUAGAGGAGAAGGAUUCCUGAGCUGCCAUCUUUCCAGACAUGCUGUGUGGGAGGUAGAGAAAUCAUGAGUACAGUCAAUUCUCAAAUUAUGUGGGGGGUUAUGUUCCAGGGAUAGCACAUAAAGCCAAAAUCACAUGUAGUCAAAACAUAUUGGGUGCAGUGGUGGUUAGGAUUGCCAAAGUCUUUCCCCCCAGAUUCCUGUCCCUUUCUGCCUCCUCCUUAAUUUUGUAAAGUGUUUUUUUUUUUGCCAAGUGUAUAAAGCCGGAUGUGUGUAAGUUAAAUGUGCAUAUGUUGUGAGUCUACUGUAUUAUUUUAUGGGAGCAUGCUUGUAUUCCUCAAACUCACUUCCUUCUACAAUGUAAGUAUGAAGGAUUGGUAAAUUCAGCCAGAACAACAACUCUGUUCAUCUGAAGGAGUGUGUACCAUGUGACUGUACACCCACACCCACAUCCAUGGAAAAUGAACAGCCUGGUGGGAAGAUGGUCUGUGAUUUAGCUUCAGAUUUCAGGGAAGGAGCCAAGAGUUCCUUAUCUGCUUGACCUGCUCAUAGUUAGUCUGUCAACAUUAUUACCCUUAGUCUCAUUCUCAAAAUCACUUCUAUGGAUUAGGAUUUUUCAGAAGCAUGCACUGAAAGGGUAGGGGAAACACCAUACUUACAGCAUGUUCAACAUCCCACUUGAGAUUACAGUGGAGUGGUAAAGGGUUAACUAGCCUUGGUUCUAUGAUCUUUGUUACACACCCUUGAAGAAAAUGCAGGUAGUGGAGCAAGAGAAAGUGAUGCAUAUAUUUCCACUUCCUGUGCUAAAGCUGAUAACAUCUCACGCAGCCAGAUAGCAGCUCUUAAUAAGAUUAUGCCAGAGUAAAGGGUAUUAAAUGUGAUAGGCAUCUCUUCUCCCAAAUGGGAAAGUCGUCUGGGAGGGGGAGGAAAACAGAAGGGAAGCACGCCCAUAGGAAAUGAAAGAGGGGGGAAACCAAAAGUGUGUCCUCUGCGAAGAGGCUCUGGGUGCUGCUUCUUAAAGAGUUGGGCCCCCACCUCCUCCUAUCUAGCUUUAGUUGAAGAAUAUACAGCACUCUGAAAACUACAAAGCUUUAUUUGUAAUGGUUUCCACAAAUUAUUUUGACAUCUGACUAUACCGUAUUCACUUACUUUACAGGCUCACAAAUCAGUGAACUUCGUUUCAACUCUCCUUCAAAUCACUAUGUCAGAGCAACUGGAUUUACCAGUGAGACAGGCAGGCAAGUGUUGAUUUUAUUUAUUUAUUUAUUAUAGUAUGUAUGCUAAUAUUAUUUGACGGUGGGCAAAAAUUCGUAAUGAUAAGUAGAUUUUAAAGCUGCUGUAACCUAGAUAAUAUGAACAGAACCCAUACAGUCAUGGGUGUCUUGGUGGCGGAAAACGCUUGUACUACCAGUCAUCCUUCAACAGUGGUAGAACUAACAUACAUAUUUCUCCAUACAAAGCUCUGUGUCUUCAGUGUGCUUACGAUUACAUGGCAAUGGUGUGUUUAUAUUUUGAGAUGAAAGUUCAUCUCAUCCUUCUCUGCCAUUUCAUUUCUUUAAAAAGUACAUAAUGGCAGCUGAAGUAACCUAUUUGCUAGAAAUAGUACUGCUGGGAUAAUACCAGACUCUUCAAGCUAAUUGUGUUUGAGAUGCAUGCAUUACUAAUUUGACUGUUGGAAUAACAGCAGGCUUUGCACAUCAUUUGGAGUCCAGUCAUGAAUGUAGGCAUAAAGAUUUGCUUCAUGCCAGCUGAGGUGUACAAGGGAAAUACUAUGCUAUGGUUCUCUUGUGAUAUAAGCUGAGCUAAAGUAAGUUCCAUGGCAUUCUGAAGGCUUUGUUUGCUUGGCCUGCAGCUGUAUUAUAUUUUUGCAUCAUGGUAUAGUUGCAUUUGAAAUACUUUGUUUUUACAGUUGGUUUAUACUUCAUAAAAUCUUAAGUUCGAUACCAAUAUGUUGAAUUGGAAAUAUAAACAUGGAUAAAAUAAUGAUUUGUUGAAUUCAGUAGUAUUGACAACUCAGUCACUUUCACCUUAACCUCAGUCACCAAACAUCAGCGCAAAUGAGAAAGUUCAGAGUAAUUCUGAAAGAUUAUGUGAAGUUGGGUAGGUUUGACAGUGAAGAAAUUUCAUACCCCUCCAAAGGAUUCACUUUUGUCCAAAGGUGACACAGUGAUGAUCAUAGCAUAAAAGAGUGCUCAAAGUCAGUCUUGAGGAUAUCCAUCAGACAUCAGACCUGUAUCCCAUAAUUCCAUCAAAGAGCUUAUAGGGGGCUUGUCUCAUCUUAGCUGUACAGUAGCCCUGUGAAAUAGGUUAGACUGAUUGUGAGUGGCAUAAGAUCACCAAGAGAGCUUCAUAUCUGAGUAGGAAGUUGGUACACAGGUGUCAGUUGUGAUACUGUGACCACUUAAUCACACUGACACUCUCCCUUAGAUAUGUUCUGAGAUAUGUUAGUCACAAGCUGCUGCUUAAUCGCCAAAUAAUGUUUCAUUUGGGGUUGUUUUUUUAAAAAAAUGUGUUAAUCAGUAUUACUACAGAGACAUCAUAAUCUUGGCUUGGACAAUAUUAAUUUUGAAUGCUUCUCUUGACAGGUGUUAUCUACUUGAAAAAUAUGAUAACUCAGUAUUGGCCUGACCGGGAAACUACACCAGGAGACAUCCCACCUUACUCAAUACCGGAAGAAGAUAGACAUUGCAUUCGUGAGAAUAUUGUAGAAGCCAUUAUUCAUUCUCCUGAGCUCAUUAGGUAUACUCUGAGUCAUGAUCACGGAGCACACUCUUUCCCAACUCUUUCCUUGUUAUUUUAAGCCUUCAUUGUCACUAGAAAUUGUAACGUUGAUGUUGCUAUGAUCUCAAAUAUAUCUAGGUGGGUGCUGAAAAAGGUAUGAACAUGACACCCAUGUAAUUUGGUAAUGAGGCAAGGGAGGCGAUCUAGCUGUAUCACUUUGAAGAAGCAUGGCUAUUUAAAUAAAUUCAUUUGUGUGCAUAAAACUAUUGUAAACUGCCCUGUGAUCCUUGGAUGAAGGGUGGUUUAGAAAUUUAUUUUUGUUACUUAAUUAUUAAUUCAUUAAUAACAAACUUGAAAUUUCAUUUAGUACAACAUUGCUUGCUCACUUUAAUUAAGAAUUCGGUUAUCCUAAAAAAAAUCCCAGCUAAUGCAUUGUAACAAUAUUUUUGUAACUUCUUGUGUUCCAGGGUACAGCUUACUACUUGCAUUCACCACAUUAUCAAGCAUGAUUAUCCGAAUCGUUGGACUGCAGUUGUAGAGAAAAUUGGCUUUUAUCUUCAGGCAGAUAAUAGCGCCUGUUGGCUUGGAAUUCUUCUCUGUCUUUAUCAACUUGUGAAGAACUAUGAGUAAGUUCCUGUCUGUCUUAUAAACCCAGAGAAGAGCCACAUCAGUGAUGUGUGGUCCCAGUUCUCCUUGUAGUUUACACAGCUAGUUCCUAGACAGUAGAGUUGUUUGAAUUGUCAAAAUGAGCAAGCUGUGGAAUCGGCCCAUUUUGAUAAUUGAAGGGAAGGUUGCGAGUGCAAAGACUACUUCUAUCAGGAUCCCUGUACUAGCCUUUUAUUUAAAGUGUCUUAAAGUUCAGAACAUGGUGGGUGCUGCUCCCCAGUCUCCUACUCUCUCCUCCCAAAGUCCUUGUUCCUUGUCCCACCAUUUUACACAAAUUUUAUAAUCCUAGAUGAUUUACAAGUGUCUAACCUGCUUUCACUUAAGGGGUCAUGAGAGGUGAUUUUAAAAGUUUAAAUGUCUGGCCCAGAGCAUGGAUUAGAGCACAUUGCAGAGUUUUAUUGCUGAAGCUACACAGGUUUGGUCCUUGGGACAUUUCCUGGGAACUUUAAUUAAGAUGCUUGAGGACCUUGGAGGAGGACUAGGAUGUAACUUGUCUAAUUGCAGGUGUUCACUUCUUCAAAGUCAUGCUUCUCCCAAACAUUAAGGAAGUCUGACUGCCACGCUCUGUUGCACUAACCCACCAAUCUAAUGGUGUCCCUUGACAUCUUUAUUUUAAUCAGUGUGGCAUCUAAAUUCUUUCUAAUGUCAGUUCUCCUCCUUCUUAAAGAUAUAAGAAACCGGAGGAGCGGACUCCUUUGAUAGCAGCAAUGCAACACUUUUUGCCUGUUCUGAAGGAUCGUUUUAUCCAGCUUCUCCCUGAUCAAUCUGAUCAGUCUGUCCUUAUCCAGAAACAGAUCUUCAAAAUUUUCUAUGCUCUUGUUCAGGUAAGAACAUUUUUUUUCAUUCCUAGUGCAAUAUUGCCUUAAAUAAUGUAGCUACUGUCUGAGGCUAUUUUUCAUCAGUGCUUAGCUAAGGAAGUCAAUGACUCAUUUGGGAUUAUUUUCAUCCAGAGUGGGUUUUGUAGACUAGUUCGUUUUGCACUUAUUUUGGUCUCUAUCAAGGGAAUGCCCCCUAAGAAUAUAUUCACAUGGAAUAUAUUUUGAGCAUAUUUUGUAACCAUUGCUUUUUUGUUUGUUUGUUUAAUAGUACACAUUACCCAUGGAACUGAUCAAUCAGCAAAAUCUAGCAGAAUGGAUUGAGAUUCUGAAAACAGUUGUGGAUCGAGAUGUACCAGCUGUAAGUGCUUGUUACAUUCAGGCCAGCCAGUUUAUGAGCAUGCAAAGAAACCAUAUGUGUAAGCUGAAGCUUUCUUUAUAGUUUUUGCUUCUGUAUUUCCCACAUCCGAUGUGGUAAGCUACUUUUCAAGUGGAACUAUUGCUUGUCUUAUCAGAAGUGGGUAUUGCAGUGCUGGAACUGCAAACAGUGUUCCCAACAUGUUUGUGGUUCCCUUGCUUUCAUGUGACCUGUUCCUUUUGGAUCAUCUGAAAACAUACAUGAAUUUGAAGGUAUUUGGGGGCCCUUUUCUAUAUGCUAUUUGUCCUACUAGAAUAUAUACAGUAUUUUGCCUUUUAAAUAAUUGCAUGGUUUACUUUAAGCAAAGAUCCUAAUUUCUCAGAACCCCCCAAAUAAUGUGAAGUACUCAUUCUGUUAAUCUGCUAUUGGUUCCUAAAGGAAACCCUCCAAGUGGAUGAAGAUGAUCGACCUGAAUUACCAUGGUGGAAAUGUAAGAAGUGGGCACUGCAUAUAUUGGCUAGACUUUUUGAAAGGUAAUGCUUUUCCUCAAUAUUCCUUUUCAUUUUUAAAAAAUGUAACUUUUGUGAUGAUGUGCACAAUAUAUUGCAGUAUUAUAUUGGACUUCUCACUAAUACAACAGGUAUGGAAGUCCUGGAAAUGUUUCCAAGGAGUACAAUGAGUUUGCAGAAGUUUUCCUAAAGGCAUUUGCUGUUGGUGUCCAGCAGGUAGGAAACUCUUUCAAGUCACAUGCUUGAUUAAUAAUUACUUGCAGUUUACCAUCCUUUCCCCCCUCUUAUUUUUCUCCAAAUACGAAAGAUUAUACUAAGCUUGCUAAGAAAACACUUGAAAUAAAAGUGCUGUCCCCGUCCCCAAAAAUAAAGUAGGAACUGCUACUGCUUCAAAGGGUUUGAUCCCUUGUUCUUGGUGUUUUGCACCAUUUAUUUUUGGAUUACCAAGAUCUUUAAUGAUGGUAUAGAUUAGAGGUGAGCCUGUUGCCCUCCAGAUGUUUUUGGACCACAAUACCCCCCACCAUUGGUCCUGCUGACUGUGGUUAAUGAUAGGUGUUGAAAGUCCAACAACAUGUGGACUACAGGUUUUCCAUUCCUGGUAUUCAAUGAAGCUUGAGUGACCUGAGGUCAUAUAUCAAGUCAGACUAUUUGCCCACCUGGCAAACCUCUGAGUUUCAAAUUGUGAGAGGGUGUCUUUUCUCUAAUACAGCUGUACCUUGGUUGUCGAACGCCUUGGUACUUGUACGUUUCAGCUCCCAAACAAUCGAAACCUGGAAAUGAGUGUUCUGGUUUUCGAACUUUUUUUGGAAGCCAAACAUCCAAUGCGGCUUCCUCUAUUGUUUCCGGCAUGCCUGCACAAUAGGAAGCUAUGUCUUGGUUUCCGAAUGUUUGAACAGACUUCCGGAACGCAUUUUGUUCGAAAACCAAGGUAUGACUGUAUUGUGAUAUUGGAUAUUGAAUGUGGGAUCUUCUGCAUGCAAAUGAUGGGCUCUACCACUGAGCUAUGUCACAUCUCCAAAGGGGAACAUAAUUUGUUAGACCAUAAUCAAGUUUCCUUCCACAUGAAUUGUUUCAGUGCUCCUGUUACUUGCAAAUCAUGUAGGGAUGUGCUGACCAUUGCUGGUUUAUAUAAACUACCAGAACUGGUGUUAUUGGCACACUCCAAAAGGUGCAAGCUCUUGUUUCCUAGUUCCUUCCCAUGCUAAUAGGUGCUUUCUAAAUCAUGUGUGCAGAAAGCUGCGACCUAAAGACAACCUAAAGUUAGUUUUUUGCAGUUAUCAGCAAGAUGCUUUAAUCUUUAGAAACAACCAACAGCAGUUGUUUUUUUGCUUUUUUAAAGGUUUUGCUGAAAGUGUUAUAUCAGUAUAAGGAAAAGCAGUACAUGGCUCCUAGAGUUCUGCAGCAGACACUGAACUAUAUCAAUCAGGGGGUGUCGCAUGCAGUCACUUGGAAGAAUCUGAAGCCCCAUAUCCAAGUAAGUUCUUUUCCCAUCCUCCUCUCUGAAUGGUGACUGCAUAGCAGCAUGAAUACCUUAAGCCGUUUUCUAGCCCUGUGUAUCUUGAACUUGAACUUGAACUGCUUGCUAUGUUAAGUGGCUUUAAAUUUGGUUGUAUUGAAGAUAAUGCUCAGUAAAUACCCAUAGUUGCUUUGAAAGCCAUCAAUUAAAAGAAACUUGGUGCGCCAGAGAAAUUAACUACAGAAAAUUACUUUAGACCUCUUUUGAUUCUAGGUAUCUUUGUAAUUUUUUAUUUAUUUGAUUUUUUGCAUAUUUGAGACAAUUGUAUAUUUUUUCCACAGCAGUAAAACUUCAGAGUUCAUUAGAUUAUUUUUCUUUUCCCUUAAAUUUUUUAAAGGUAUUGGCAUAGAUAAUAAAUAUUUCUCAGCGAUUUCAUACUGUGGUAUCAUAUGAAGCCAAAAUAAAUCAAAUUUACAUAUAGUAAAAGUAACUAUGUUGGCCAUAGAAAACACUGAAAAUCCAUAAUGGGGCAGUACUUUGAGUAGGCCAACCAAAUUGUCACAAAAUAAAGUGCAAGCUUUCAAGUUCUUGAGAACUCUUCAUUGCACUAGAUUACCAUCUAAGGUGGUGGAGAAUAUAUAACCAAUGGUAUUGCUGUGAGUGCAUCUGGACAGAGUCUUAAAACAGUGUGGCAGAGGAUCUAAUACGCAUCCAAAUGAUGUUCUUUUAGGUGUUAUGCAAUUAUCAGGUUGCACAAAAACUGUUGGUAAGCACCGGCAUAAUAACGGCUAAUUCAAGUUUUCAUUUGAUUUAUUUAAAGUUCUGAUUUAACUUGUUCAGUUUAUGUUGUAGACUGCCCUGAGAACCUGUUUUUUGUUGUUGUUGUUGUUGUUUUGUUUUUUGAUAGGGCAGCCUAUAAAUGCCAAACAUGCUUCUAACAAAUUAUAUUCCUUAUUAUUUACAGGGAAUUAUCCAAGAUGUUAUUUUCCCACUGAUGUGCUACACAGAUGCUGACGAAGAGCUAUGGCAGGAAGAUCCAUAUGAAUAUAUACGUAUGAAGUUUGGUAAGUAGUUCAAAACUAAGUUUAUUUUUCCAGCUAGGUAGUAAUAGUGAGGAGAUGCUGUAUAGGUUAGGGACAUUCAAUCCCAUCCCUCUAGCUGUUGUAAGAGAGCUUUGCACCACAACUUUUACUAUGGCAUCCUGUACGAGGAACACAGAACAUAACUGGACAGGUCUGUUCUGCUUGUCUUGUACAGGAAGCCUUCACAAUAAAGGAAAUGCCUCUCUCCACCCCUUGCACAAACUAGUUUGUAACAUUCAGAGGUUAAUCCUAACGCAGAAAGUACUUUGUGGAUAUAUUUUACAAUACUUCGGUUUUGAAAACAAAAUUAAUAUGUUUACUACUUCCAACAUGUUAGGCAUUUUACAGUAUUGGGAUCUUUAUAUUAUUGUUUGUGUUUUUAAAAACUCCUUGCAUAAGUUGAAAGAGGAAAUUGCUGCACUUAAAUAACAAAAGCUGGUGAGUGAGGACUAAAGUGGCUCUGUUGUCUGAAUUCACUUCUUCUUUUGCACUAGUUCCUUUUAUGCUUCAAAGACCAAACAUUUAGACUUCUGUGUUUUGCUUAAUAGAUGUGUUUGAAGACUUCAUUUCCCCCACAACUGCUGCACAAACAUUGUUGUUUACAGCAUGUGGCAAAAGGAAAGAGGUAUGCUUUUUAAGGAUUACCUGUAAUCCAAGAACCGUAACUUUUUCUGGUAUUUGUGUGGGCCCUCAUAUAGGUUUCAGGCCCAAAUGUUUCCUAUGAUUAAUACUUAGCCACUACAGUUUACAUGUUAUUUCAUGUUUAAAUUUAAUUCUAACAAACAGUUUUAAUGCUGAUGCUGUUGUUAGAAUUUUCUUUGUUUGUUUAAUGAAUCAUCACUGCUUGAGCAGAGCCCAGGGUGAUGCACAACAAAGCUGACAACAAAAUUAAAUCACUGAUGAAAACAAAUACACAACUAGUACAGUGGUACCUUGGGUUACAUACGCUUCAGGUUACAUAUGCUUCAGGUUACAGACUCCGCUAACCCAGAAAUAGUACCUCGGGUUAAGAACUUUGCUUCAGGAUGAGAACAGAAAUCGUGCUCCGGCGGCACAGCGGCAGCAGGAGGCCCCAUUAGCUAAAGUGGUGCUUCAGGUUAAGAACAGUUUCUGGUUAAGAACGGACCUCCGAACGAAUUAAGUACUUAACCCGAGGUACCACUGUAUAUUCAUAAAGGAACAAUUAUUAAAAACACAAUGCUCACAUAGCUGUUCAGGGCAAACAUGACCAUAUCGGACUCUAUAUAUACAUAUAUAUGUAUAUAUAUACAUGUAUAUAUAUAUAUAUGUAUUUUUGUAUAUUUGUAUAUAUAUGCAUAUAUACAUAUAUAUAUAUAUAUAUACACACAAUAUACUAUAUCUAUAUACUAUAUCUAUAUACUAUAUCUGUCUAUCUAUCAAUCAUCUACCUACACACACACACACACGGACAGACCUCUUCAGGAGAAGCCACACAACUGCUUUCUUCUAGAUGGAAGGCACUACACCAUCCCAUACUGCAGGAUUAAUCAUUCUCUGGACCUACCCUGUCAAUCCACAGCUAGUUUUCACAUGCCAAGAAGGAUUGAGAAGACAGGUGGUCCGCAAAACCCCUACAGAUAUCCUGCUUACGUCAAGACACAGCAACUCAAACUGUAUAAAUAUAUUUAUUUGAUUAUGCAGUGAACAAAUAAUAAAUGAAUCCCACAAGAUGGUGCUCCCGAAUCUCACCAAGAUCUGUUUCAACUGUGAUAUCAGAUUCAGAGUAAAUAGAAAUGAUUUUGCCCUAAAAGUGAUUAGCAAAUUUGUUGGAGGAGAACAAUGUUCUUAAAUCUGGGCUGUACUUAACUCGCCAUUUACCACCUCAAACAGCCAUGUAGCAUCUGAAUACCUAUAAGGUAACUGAGCAGUGUUCAUUUAUUAGAAAAAUGCAAAGAAAGCCACAAAUGACAUCAUAGACAUAAGGAUAUUUUCUAAUAUUUUGAAUAAUAACUGAAAUAUCUCAAAUUGUCUCUUUAUACUAGGUUCUGCAAAAGACUAUGGGCUUCUGUUAUCAGAUCCUCACAGAGCCAAAUGCUGAUCCUCGUAAAAAAGAUGGUGCUUUGCAUAUGAUUGGUUCUUUGGCUGAAAUACUUCUGAAAGUAAGUGCACUCAAAACUUCUCUGCUUAAUUUUUGUCAUAUGAAGAAGACACUUUAAAAAUCCUGUAGCAACACAUAAAUCUUGUUAACUCAAGUAAUUACAGUGGUAUCUUCUUCCAUGGCAACAACUAUAUUUACUAAAAUCCUUUGUUAGCACAUUUUCGAAGUGUGACAUGACUGGCACUAGUAUCAAUUUGUAUUUUGCUAUUGUUAGAGGAAUGCUAAUUCCUGGCCAAGUUUUGUGACUUAUUUGUCACCUUUCGAAGAUGGAGACCCAGUAUUUCCAGGCAGUGGUUAACAAAAAAAUCUAUAUUGCCUGGUUAAAUUAGAUCCAGUCCAUUGGUUGGAUGAUCCAUAUUUCCUCAAUACUGAACCCUCUGACAGGCACACACAACUUGUGCACAUGAGGAGUGAAGUUCACCUUUUCAGCUACUUCCCUUCUUCAAAGCUCAGUGUGAAGUGUAACAUGACCCCACACCUUCUGCUAGUUUUUCUAUGUGUAGAAGAUAUGGUGUGUGUGUGUGUCUUUUUUGCAGUAGGCUUCAUGACAGGUGGGAAACAGCAAGAUGCUGUUGCGUGCUUAUUCCAAAUCCCAAAAGAAAAUGAGAGAAAAUAUUACUCGCCUUAAGAGGCUCUCUCUCUCUAUGUGCAUGCAUGCAUGCAUGCAGAGAAGUAGGGAGGGCAGUCAGUGCCAGCCACAAAUGAUGCCUGACUGCUAAGCCAAGCCAAAAUGUGAACCUUUAGCAGUGAGAUCUCUGACCAUCUGUGAAAGGUGGAAUUGUGUUGCUGUAACUGACCAGGUGGGCAACCCUACCUUCCCAAACAAACAUUUGCGAUUUGGGUGUAUUAGGCUAUUUGAGAGAGGGUUAAUCCUGUCAGGACUGGGACAGGAGUGCUUAGAUGCAGUAUAUUGCCGGUCUUGAAUUUGCACACUUUACAUAACUGCCAAUGUAGGAGAUGCUGUAGGGUAGAUAUCUUAUCUACCUCUUGACCCAGAUGCUGUGUUUUCCUAUUGGAUUUCUAGAAUCUUAUGAAUUGACAAUAAACAUUAGCACUCAUCUAAUUUUUGACACUUUCCAUAACAGGCUUUUGUUAAGUUGAGGCUGGAGAAUAAUUUUUCCAUGAUUGCAUUUUGACACUCUGUAACUAUGAAUCAUUUAAAUGUUUGCGCCUGUCUGCCACAGGCUCUUCUCUUUGUUUUGAUAGUCCAGUUUUUGGCAGCUGCUGCUGUUAAAUCUGGGAAUUGCUAGUUUUGUCUAAGUUCUUUUUUAAAUUUAACUUCAUCUUGACAUACACUUACUUUAAAAUUACCUUAGCAGAAGGGUUAGCAAUCUUAACAGGAAUUAUUUCCAUUCACCCAUCCUUUCUGACAAGCUAGAUUCAUCUCUAAUUGUCUUACAUUCCAUCGUCUUAUAUUCCAAUAGAAAAAGAUAUACAAAGAUCAGAUGGAGUACAUGCUGCAGAAUCACGUGUUUCCUCUCUUCAGCAGCGAGCUAGGCUACAUGAGAGCACGGGUAAGUGUAAAACCAGGUCCAGUCUCAUCUGCUCUUUCCAUUGGUAGCCUCUUGGUGAAGAUGUCUAGUGAAGGGGAGGGCUAACAUGGCAUAGCUUCUUUCACAAAAGGGCUAUGUGAAAUUGUGAGGAGCAUAUGAUUUCUAGCAAGUAGUUUUGGAUGGUGUGUGGGUUGUGGCCAGGGCUUUUGCAGAAGGGGUGGUGUAAUAUCUUGUGGAAGUUGUUAUCUGGGUUCCCAAUUUUUUUUAAAGAGGCCACACUAAGAGUGGCAGUGAUCUUGAAGAUGCCAUGUCUCAAUAUCCUGGAAUUCAUGAUCACAGCUUUUCUCGCAAGUUCCCUGUUAAUAUAACUCCUCUAUGAGAGUGGGAUAGGGGUGCUGUGGUUUGUAAAUUUUAAGAGCAGUUUAGCAAUGGUACAACCUGAAGGUGAGGCAGUUGGUUCUUUAUGCAAUUAAAGCCACCAUGUGAUAAGUUUCCUUUUUUAAGAGACCAUCAUGCAGUUUGUCACUUGACUCCUGACUUCUCCUCCCAAUGAAAGGCUGCAGGCAUUUGUGUGCGUAGCUUCUAAUCUAUGCCUAGUGGCAUGGUCCAUUUGCGUUCUGCUUAUAGACCAUGUUGCUCACAUACAACCUGCGGCCAAAGAGCAACUUGAGAUCAUAGUACUGGUCUAGUGAUGUCGAAAGACAAGCUUACUGCUGAUCAGCCUCCAAACUCUCAUACAUGUCUAUCUAAAGUGAUUCUCACAUUUCUGUCUUGCAUUUGUGCUUUUCCCAACUGUUGUGUGGGAUAGGUAUGUCCAUAAUUACCUAAAAUUGCAUAUCAUCUUCUCCAGGCUUGCUGGGUGCUUCACUAUUUCUGUGAAGUAAAGUUUAAAAGUGACCAGAAUCUGCAGACAGCCCUUGAACUGACAAGAAGAUGCCUAAUUGAUGACAGAGAGAUGCCUGUGAAGGUGGAAGCUGCCAUAGCACUGCAGGUUUUGAUUAGUAAUCAAGAGAGAGGUGCUUUUUCCUACCCUUUGACCUAUCAAGUAACCUUACAGUGUUGUGUAGGAGUGGCAACCUUUUUUAUUUGGAGGGCUGGAUUUCCUUGGGGCACCAUCCCAGGAUAGUGGGGUUGCGGCCAGUGGUGUGUGGGGCCACCCCACUAUCUCCCUCUGCAUUUCUGUGCUCUUUCUGCCUCCCCUUCUCCCUCUUCCCCGUGCAGCAAUUAGACUUAAGUAAAAAGCUCCCAAUAGUGACAGUGAAGGCCUCCCCCCCCCAGCCUAAGUUUUCUGUGGUUGGGAGGGGAUUUUUCAAGGAGGUUGCAGCUGAAGAGAAAAACAUUAACCGCCACAUGUGCUUCAAUUCCCCCUGAAAACUUCUUCUCCAUACUCCACAGCAAAUAGGCUUAAAAAAAAUACUUUCACUGGCAGCUUUUUUCCUAAAUCUAACAGCUUCACUGGGAUUGGGGGGUGCACACCAGAUCCAACGGCAGGUGCAUGAUUUAGACUGAAGGAGCCUUUUGGAUUCUCUCCUUGGAGGCUGAGGCAUCUUAUUGCUGGGGAAGCAAUAUUCCUAGAGUAACAUCCAUAAUAAGGAUAGGGUGGUGGGUGGCAGCGGCACAUGGUCCAGGAUUGGCAAUCUGUUUCCCAUAUCAAGAAACUGAGCACAUCUGAACCAGAACAGGGAGGGGGGGAAAGCGUGGGGGAAGUGGUAGUAGUGUUUUGCAGAUUAUAAUUUGUACAUACAUUUGAAAAGCUGAUUGAAAGCUACAUUCAUGCCAAGAAGCUGAGCAUUAUUUGAAAUGGCCUUUAUCAGAGUGUGGCUUUGUUAAAAGAAUGCCUAAAGCAGGGGUGGCCAACUUGGUGCCUUCCAGAUGUUGUUGGAGCUACAGGUGACAUCAUUCCGGACCUUCGGCCCCAUUGGCUGAAGACCGAUGGGAGUGGUGGUUCAACAACAGCUGGAGGGCACCACAUUGACUACCUCUUGUUUAAAGUACUUGCUGCUUUCCUGUAAGUUACAAUAAAGUAAUCUGUUUUCCUGCCCCCCCUUUUUUUUAGCUAAGGAAUAUAUUACCCCAUUCAUUAGACCUGUGAUGCAGGCUCUUCUUCAUAUUAUUCGAGAGACUGAGAAUGAUGAUCUUACCAAUGUGAUUCAGAAAAUGAUCUGUGAAUAUAGUGAAGAGGUUACUCCUAUAGCAGUAGAAAUGACCCAGCAUUUGGUAAGUCACACUAUUUUACCAUGCUUAUGGCCUGUAUAGUAUGCUGGCUGCUGUUUUAAUAUCCUGAUGUUCUGCUAAUGUAGACAGUCAAUUACAUAUUCUAACCUGCUUAGUUUGCUGCCAAAGUUAGUGUGUUGGUGGUAGCAAAACAUAGACAAGAAAUAAUAUUUUUUAUUAAAGCAUAAUAGAGACGAUUUAAAUAUACAUAUUUGACAUACUCUGAAUUUUUCAAUGUAAAUUGACUUAGUUAAUACCACAAAAAUCCCAAAUACUGUAGUGUUGUUGGGCUAUUUUAAAGAUUUGGGGUUGGAGCCAGAGUUACAAGAAGCAGAAGUCUGCUCUUGGGACUCUUUGCUGGCGGCAGGAGGAGGUCAUAUUUGCCAUUUUCUCUUUUCCCUGGAAAGCUGCUCCAGGGGGAUAAAGCUUGGGAAGUGGUCUGGGGCCUUUGGGUAGAAAGCAAAAAUCUCCUACCCUCCUCCUUUGUUUAGCAGUCCCCACCCCCUGCAACCGCUUAGCUUAGCUGUUUUUUAAUUUAAAAAAUAGAUUUUUACAUUUUUAUCAGUAUUCAUCCCUGAUUAAUUGUAUUUUUUUAAAAAAAAAAUUAAGGAAGCCCAAAUUCUACAUCAGGGUUGAGCUCUUCCCCACCCCACCCUGAUACAAAGUCUUAUUUGAUAAUGUUCUUUUGCAAACGGUCCUGAAAAUGUUGUUUGUUACGCUAUGAUUCUUUAGUCUGCUGUUGAGCUUCCUAUUAACUCUUAACUGAGAUUUUAUUCUUUCUCUUUGUAGGCAAUGACUUUUAACCAGGUGAUUCAGACAGGGCCAGAUGAAGAAGGCAGUGAUGAUAAAGCAGUAACAGCAAUGGGCAUCUUGAAUACCAUUGAUACGCUCCUCAGUGUUGUUGAAGAUCACAAAGAGGUAAGAAAUUAUUUUGCUUGUAUCCAGGAAAAGCUGCAAAAUAGCCUUGUUUUAAGAGGGUUGGUAGGAAGCCAGCAUCAGUAUUUAAAUUCUGUGAACCUAUUUUUAUUGAAAAUACGUUACUGUUUUGUUGUUAACCUUUGUUAAACUGUAAAAACAAACUCUAGUCCUGACUGAGUUUUACAAAACUGCCUUGCACUUUUAUACAAAUUAUUUUUGAAGAAAGAUAGAGGUCACAAGACAAACACCUGCUAUUCUAAGUACCUCAGUGCUUUGCAGAUUCCAGAGGGAAUCAAUACUCAGUAGAAUUCAUUUUUGUGAGAAACUAUGUGUGGGCCUGCUGUGCUUUAAAAAUAGACCCAAAGUUAAAAACCUGACCUGUAUUUAUGAUAUGAAACAAGUAUAUUUUCAUACCUUUCUUAAUAUGAUUCUGCUCCUAGCAGUGGUGAAAGGCUGAAAGCUUUUAAGGCAGAGAUGGGGAACUUCAACUCCCUGAACACUGGCCAUGCUGGCUGGGGCUGAUGAGAGUUGUAAUCCAACAUCAGGAGGGUCAUAGGGUCCUGAUCCCUGCUGGGAACAGUGACUUUGAUGUCGUCCAUAGAGCAGAUAACAAUACUUCAUAGCCCUCUCUCUGGUUCAUGGGAUUUCAUAGGAAUACAAGAGAGCCUUGCUGGAUCAAAACUGAUCUGUAUAGUCUAGCUGGCAGCCAAAUGCCUUCAAGAAGCAUAGAAUCACAGCAAAAAGUAAUUGUAUGUCCCCAGUAUCUGGUGUUCAGGGGUACUGUGCUUCUGAAAAUGAAGGUUCCGUUGAACUUCCUAUUCUUUUAGAUCGGAGCAGCCCAACUUUUCCUACCAAGUGGGCUGCAAGAGUGCUUCAACAUGGAACCCAUGGGACACACAUUGCCCUGUUGGCCAUGGGGGCGGGGAGAGAGGUCAAAAUUUGACACACAAACCCAGUCCUCAUGCUACCUUCCCAAAAGUGGCUAAGUGAGUCGCUGGGCUUUAGGAAGGAGGUGCAAGGCUCUGGCAGGCUCCUAGAGCCCCCCUACCUCCUUCCCUCCCAAAGCUGUGAAAGGACUAACUAGGCUUUGGGAAGGAGGUGGGAGGACUCUAGGACCCCGUUAGAGCCCUCAGUCCUCCUUCCCAAAGCCCAGUGCCUUGCUUACCUGGCUUUAGGAAGGCAGCAUGAAGGCUGCGACAGGGUGUGUGUGCCAUGGUUGCUGAGGGCCACCAAAAAGGCCUCAAGGGCCACAUGCCCCCCUAGGGCCAUGUGUUGGACUGCCCUGUUUUAGCUAGUUACUGAUCUGUAAGAGGACCCAUUUUUGAAUCCUAUGACUGAUAAUUUUACUCAGAAAACUAGCUUCUUAUAUGUAAAAAUAGCAAAGGGAGCUUUGUUAAGCUUGUUGCCUGUGCUUUAGUGUUGGUGGGCAGUCUAUUUUUUUGUCUUCCUUGUUCCUUCUCCUUUGCAUUUUAUCUUAAUGCUUUGUUACUGAAGCUUCCUCACAAACUAUCCCUAUAAUUAAUUAAUUAAUUAAUCCAUCCAUCCAUCCAUCCAUCCAUCCAACUCCCUCCAUCCCUAUUGUAGCUAAUUAGGAUAUGACCCUAGGUUCAGAAAGGGGUUCCUGGCUAGCUUGCAGCUCCAAAGUUAUUCAGCCGUGCCAGAUGACACAGCAGGUAUGAACAAGACAGGAGUACAAUUAAGAGCCGAUUUAAAGACUGACUUUGCAGAAUUUCUAUCAUGCUGUUCCAACUCCAAAGAAAAGCUCCAGGCGGUUCAUCUCAACAUAAAAACAAAGCUGUGAAAAUAAACCAGAAAGCUAGAUAUAUAAAAAGCAGUGGGUAAAACAAUCAAAUAGUAGAAAGCCAGAAAUAAUUAAAAUGCUCAUAACAAAUUAAUUAAACAGCAAAGUAUUCAGUUGUAAAGAGAGGGAAACACAUGAAUCUCCCAGGCUCUCCAUUGUGCUGCAUGAGUAUGAAAUGGCACACAGCCAUGUUGACUAGAAUCCUUCCUCCCUCCUGGUACCUUUUCCUAUUGUGUUGUGACUUUUUAGAUUGCAAGUCUGAUCUUUGUAAGCUGCUCUGGGAACUUCUUUUGGCUGAAGAGCAGGUUUAAAAUGUUUCAGAUAUAUAAAUAAACAAUAGAUAGGUGGUGACGCUGCAAUAUCUGAUUUCUCUGCAUGCCUUGUAUUUGAGACCAGUGGCUUCAGAGUCGUUGUGUGUGCUUUAGGACAUAUGAACCUAGCAAGUGUGUUCUGUGAAAUGGAUGAGAACCUUGUUGAACAACCUUCUCUGUGACAGAGAUAAGAAGGCGAUAUUCUUAACCCUUUAGUACUCAAACAUCUAUUAAAGACAUAAAUUUGAUCAGAACUUAACUCUUUUUGUUCUGAUGCUUAUAAAACAGUCCUAGUGUUAAACACUUCAAAUAAUGGCAGUGGCCACCUUUGUAAAUGUGCUUUGCCUCUGAUUACUCUAUGCUUUUUGAAACAGGCCACCCACCCAAGUAAUUCGUGGUUGUGUGUUUUAUUUAAAACUUACCCUUUUUUCGUUAAAUAAUUUUUAUUAAUUCUCAGUUACAUAAAUCCAGUAUAUGCCACAUUGUAUCAAUACCAGAUUACCCCGCACAUUUCUCAUUAACAUUAAAAAAUAACCAAAAAGAACACAUUUUUACUCCUCCCCCCCCCCCCAAAAUCCCCAGACUUCCUUCCACCCCCUCUUCUGGUUCUUUAAAUAAACCAAAUCAUCUUACAUUCCAGGUCCCUUUACGCAAUUUUCCAACUACUAAACAAUUAAACUUGCGAUAUAUUGCACAGAUAUUUGAAACAUUCAGACCGCUUUAUACAUUACACAUCUAUGCUUACAGACUAUUUCCCCUUUUAAAAUUAUCCUUAUUGUUGCUUUUUGCAAGCAUUUAAUCCAUGUCUGCUGAUGUCCCAAUUUAUUUACAACCGCUGGCCCCUAAAUAAAAACCGUUUCCCAGACUGUUACCCAUUCUUUUUUCUUACUUUGGCAUAUUUAAAUCUCCGGAAGAGGCUUCCCAUUAGGACAAUUCACAAUUUCAGCCCUCCUUCCUUCCAAAUUUCUCUCUGUCUCCAAGGUUGUGAUUUCACUCAAAUUGCUCUAACUAUUCCUGUCUGUACUCAUAUUUAAGGCUCCUCAAGAAGCUGCUACCAAUUAGGACCAUUUCCAAGGAUAAAACUUAUCCUAAUCUAAGGUUCAGGGAAAGUUACAGUAAUUCUAUAUCGGUCCUAUGGUUUACUAGCCAAGUUAGACAAAAGCAGCAAAGAUAAGGUCCUAUUAGAAACCUUGUCCACCCACCCUCAUAAUUUAUAAUCCCAUCUAAUUAAUCAUUUUCCUGUACUCUACUUCUGAAGACCCAAAUUCGUCCUCCAGUACGUAACACAAGCAAUUUAUGACAUUGACCUUUCCUUUAAACAAUUCCUUUCAGAUUACCCAGCAGUUGGAAGGUAUCUGUUUGCAAGUAAUAGGAACAGUGUUACAACAGCAUGUUCUGGGUAAGAGGUUUCCCCACCCUUCAGCUAUUACUUUGCAUGUGGUGCACUGAUUGGAUCAAGCCAAGGUUCAUGACAUCUUUUUCUUUUUCCUGUUCCAGAAUUCUAUGAGGAAAUCUUCUCCUUGGCUCACAGUCUGACUUGUCAGCAGGUCUCAGCACAGAUGUGGCAGCUUUUGCCUCUGGUCUUUGAAGUAUUCCAGCAGGACGGCUUUGACUACUUUACAGGUGAACUUCCUUGUUAGGUCUGUCUUCCUUCAUUGGGCAUAGGCAGGCCACUGCAGAACUGAAUGAUAAUGAUACCUUUUUGUACCUUGCAGCUUUUCAUAUUGACCAAGAGAACACAUAAAUAACAACUGUUGAUUAAUCUUUUUACUGCAGAUAUGAUGCCACUGUUGCAUAAUUAUGUAACUGUUGAUACCGAUACACUCCUGUCUGAUACAAAAUACCUAGAAAUGAUCUACAGUAUGUGCAAAAAGGUAAGCAACUCACUAAUCCUCCUAUCGUUGUAGCUAAAUUUAUACCAUUGGAGUGCUUUGAUCUGCAGAACUGGCACUGCUACAGGUGCCAAAAAAUAUUUAUUCCACAUUUGUGAGAAAUGAGUCAUUUCAUUUGGAGCUUCUUGCCCAUUGACAUAAGGCAAGUGCCUUUGCUCUGUUCUUUUCAGUGCCUAUUUAAAUCAUUGUUUAGACAAACCUAUCCAGAAACCUUUCUUUUGAAAGUUUUUUAAUACCUGUCUUUCACUAGGGUGUGUUUGGAAUUUUAAUGUUUUGUUUACUUUUGUAAACCACUCAGAUGUUUUAUUACACAUAAGCAGUAGAUAAAUUUUGCUGAAUAAAUAAAUCCUGUAGAUAUCCAUUAUGCAGUAUAGAUCUAGGAAAGAAAGACUUGUGCCUUUCCAGCAGCUAAUCCAAAUUCACAUUCAAGAGACUGCAAGGUCCAGCAACUCUACACAGACCUAGAUAAGCUAAAUUAUUGGGACCUAUGGAAUUGCAUGUCCAUUUUGCUUAAAAAAUACGUGGUGGAUCCAACUAUACAGAGAGUCAGUAGACCAGGGGUGGGGAACCUGUAGCUUUCCAGGUAUUGUUGGACAACUCCCAUCAGCUCCAGCCAUGAUAGCCAAUGAUCAGAUAUGAUGGGAGUAGUAGCUGAGCACCAUAUGAAGUGCCACACGUUUCCUAAUCCUGUAUUAGUCCAUAACCUCUUCUGAAAGCUCCCAUGCGCGUAACCAUGCAGUAACCAGUCAUACAGUUGUAUUACUCUUCCCCUGAAGUGGAUUAAAAUGGCUGCAGUCAUGUGUGUGCAUAGUUUCUAAUCUGUGCCUAGUAAUACAGUCCAAUUGUGUUUUGCGUUUAGACUGUGUUGCUCACAUACAGCAUUGUGGCCAAAGAGCAACUUGAGAUCAUAGUACUGGUGCAGUGAUGUCGAAAGACAAGCUUACCACUGACCAGCCUCCAAACUCUCAAACAUGGGGAUUGAAUGUGGGCUGGACUCAUACUAAGUGUAAUUUAAACACAUCUCUUUGUAUUCAGGCUUUGGCUUACUACUGUGCGGUAUUGUGGUUGGUUUUUUUAUCAUAACCUUGCCUUCAAAGUCAGGUUAUUAAAAAGUGGUGGAUGAUUUUAGUUGGAUUAAACAUGAACACACCAGUUUCCAUUACAGCUGUUUUUGUACAUGACCUCACAGUGAUUUUGCAGCUGAGCUGAACUGGAAAAUUAUUCAUGCUGUGGCUGACAACAGAAAUCCCAGUGCCUUCUGAACUUCGCUCUGCUAAACAGAUUAUUAGAGCGGUUAGGUCUAAUACCUGUGAUUCCUUGCUAAGAUGGGGCAGGUGUCUGUCCCCAACCUGCUGCCAAGUUUCGGGGAACUUCAGUCGAAAAGAAAGAUUGAAAUGUAUGCACUUAUAUGCAUGCAAAGGAGGUUCCUUGAAUUGUGCCCUACAUAUCUAUAUACACUAUUUUAAAACAGAGACUCCCAAUUUUAAUGCAAACAUCAAAAAUGAGCUCUUACAUAUAUACUGGCUUUCAUUUAACUUAGUGAUUGGUAGUGUCAGUUUUAUUGGUACGUACUAAUAAUGUAUUUUCACACUAAUGCAUAUUGUUACACAUUAACAUGCACACAGCUGCUUGCUUCUGUGUAGAAGAAUCUCCAGAAUGGGGCAACAUUCCUGGGUGCUAGGUGAUUCAGUUUUUCCUUCCCCUUCCACAGUCGGGCACAAAAUGCUAUGUCUGUCUGAAAUCUGGAAGAAGAAUCUGUAUAUACAAGCCUGUUUCUUCACCUGGAUCACCAGUGCAGGAUUAGGCUUGCGUAUUGUGUAGCUUUGUGCUCAUUUCAGUUGGCAGAACAUUUUCUAUUUCCACUGAAAUAAACAGCAAAUUAUGUUGGUGAGAGGGACAGAAACACUCACAUGUCAUUAAGUUAUGUGAUAUGAUAAUUACCGACAAAUGUUUACCUAAGUUACAGUUGAAUGUAUAAAAACGGUCAGUCACAUUCAGAUCCUUUACUGGCUAACGUAACCAGGAAUUCAGUUUUGUGGAUGUAAAAUAAUAUUCCCUAGGUGAAAUCCAACAUUGCUGUUCUACUUGCAGAACAGCUUUUGAUCUUGCAGAGGCACCCACCAUAACAGAGAAGAGGAAACAGUCUUGACCAGUUUUCCCCUGCGGUCCCCCACCAUCACCCUCCACAGUGGUCUGCAGGGUCCCCCAAUCCUCUGGAACGGAUUUUUUUUUGGAAGUUAUAGAAGGCAGCAGCAGGAAGGAGAAAUCAGUGAAAAUCCCUUCCACUUACAUUAGCAGAUAUCAGCACUGGAUCAAAGCCAUUCUGCAAAUGGAACAGUAGUAUUGGGAUUUCAGCUAGUAACUUCUUUACGCAAUUAAUAUUUUUUUCAUAUGGUUCUGGUACACACAGUGCAGCCUGCCUGUGCAGAUGGGAAGUAGAAUGACAGAGUUUCCUUAACAAUUUUGUUCCUUUGAAAAUAUAAAGAAUAAAUGCUACUAAAUAUCCAGUACUGAAACUGAUGGGGUAUAAUUGUAUUUCUUAGGUCCUUACAGGUGUGGCAGGAGAAGAUGCAGAAUGCCAUGCAGCAAAACUGUUAGAGGUGAUCAUUCUACAGUGUAAAGGUCGUGGCAUUGAUCAGGUAAGUGGAAUGGACUUUUGACUGCCAAAAAUAUAUGAUAGCUGCAACUCUAGAGGAGACACAGUCACCUACCCUUUUCAUGUUUAAUCAAAAGUGAUGUGCUGGGCUUUGGGAAGGAGGCCUGAGGUCUCUCAGGGUUCUAGGGUCCCCCCACCUCCUUCCCAAAACUUAGUUUGUGCUUUCCCAGCUUCGAGGAGGAGGUGGGGGGCUCUUGGAUCCUGCCAAAGCCUUGCAUCCCCUUCCCAAAGCCUGGUGCCUCACUUAGCCAGCUUUGGGAAGGUAACACAAGGGCUGGGAGGUGUCAAAUUUUGGGCUUGCUCCCCACCCCCGGUGUCAAGACAGUGUGCGGCCCAUGAGUUCUGCAUCAAAGUACUCUGGUGGCCCACUUAGUAUGAAAAGUUGGGCCGCCCUGAUUUAAAAGAUGCAUCUGGUUGGGGUUAUUAAUGAAUGUAAAAAUCAGGGGUUAUUACUGAAUGUUGUCACUAUAAAUGUUUUGCAGUGUAUACCUUUAUUUGUGGAAGCUGCUUUAGAGCGGUUGACCAGAGAAGUUAAAACAAGCGAACUGCGAACGAUGUGCCUCCAGGUUGCCAUAGCUGCUCUGUAUUACAAUCCCCAUCUACUUCUGAAUACUUUGGAAAAUCUACGCUUCCCUAAUAAUGUGGAGCCCGUUACAAAUCACUUCAUUACACAGUGGCUUAAUGAUGUGGACUGUUUCUUGGGGUAAGUUUGUGUCUUGGGGAUCACAGUGCUGAUGCACGGUGCUCUGAACCUUUUUAUGCGCAGGAAAGAAAUUGUGUCCACUCAGUGCAUGUCUCAUCCACCUUUUCAUAUGGCUUCUGCAGGGCUACAUCUAUUGGGGAUAAGUGAAAAGAAGCUUUAUUGUACAUUUAAGACCUAUUUGCUCUUGUACUUCUCUAAAUUAAGGUCUCCAUUGGGUUGUAUGCUACUUGCUUUCUUUUUCCUAAAGCUGAAAAAUAAUGUAAUAUGGAAUUUCCUCUUGCAUUUCAGGCUUCAUGACAGAAAAAUGUGUGUCCUAGGCUUGUGUGCACUUAUUGAUCUGGAACAAAUACCACAGGUUUUAAAUCAGGUUUCGGGCCAAAUCCUGCCAGCUUUCAUCCUUUUAUUUAAUGGCUUGAAAAGAGCGUAUGCUUGCCAUGCUGAGCAUGAAAAUGAUAGUGAUGAUGAUGAUGAAGCAGAAGAUGACGAGGAAGCAGGUAAAGCAUUGACCCCUCUGGUAGCCGUUCACCAAUAUUUAUCAUGUUCUGGUGACAGCUUCUCAAUGAACUUUCAAUCCUGGUACGUCUGUCUUUUGAUUUUCCUGUUCUUGUUUUUACCUCCUUGCUUUAUUCAUUCUCUUCCAAAUAGGAUUCAGAUGUUUGUAUCUUGGCCUGUCAUUUCCUUCUUUUUCACCUGCUGUUUUGUUUCCUAUGUUACACACUAUAUUUGCUAUGGUCACUCAUUCAGUGUUUCCUCUGCUUUAUCCUUGUAUUAUGAACACUUUUAAUAUCAGACCAAGUAGCUUAGUUUUUCGUACCAAGUAUCUUUACUUUUCAUUUUGCUUUUUGAAAAGCAAACCUAAUCAGACUUCACUGUUGCUUCAUUGCUCUUCACUAUGUCCAAUUUUUGUAUUUUUUCUUUUAUGUCUCUGUGUUGGCUUUUAUGUCUCAUUUCAAACUGUAUAGUGCAAACUGAGAAAGUUUUCAUCUAGGGCAUUGUAAAUGCAUCGUAUUUUCCCAGAUAAAAGCAAAACAGAAUCCUAGAGCCUAGCCCUAGGUUAAAAUUGUGGAAUUGUUAUGAAGUACAAAUAUUACAUAAAUUAAUGGAGAAAAGUACACUGCUGUUUUUUAUCCUUGAGCCAUAUCUUCUUACAGAGGAACUUGGGAGUGAUGAAGAUGAUAUUGAUGAAGAUGGACAGGAAUAUUUAGAGAUUCUGGCAAAGCAGGCUGGAGAAGAUGGAGAUGAUGAAGAUUGGGAAGAAGAUGAUGCUGAAGAGACUGCUUUGGAGGGAUAUUCAACCAUUAUUGAUGAUGAAGAUAAUCCUGUUGAUGAAUAUCAGAUAUUUAAAGCAAUUUUUCAGAGUAAGUCCAACUGCUGUUUAUCUUGCAUAGCAAACUGGUAUUCUCUUUUUUGCGUGGGCGGGGACUCCCAUUGAAAUUGGGAAAUGGGGUGACAAUUAGGCGUGCAAUUAGAGUUCAGGGAAGACUAUGAUUUAAAACUGCAGCUGAGGCAUUCCAUCACACGCCAAGCAUGAUAUGGGUUAAGUUUGAAAGUGGGCAGUUUUGUUUGGUCUGUGAGUGAAGAAAUCUUACUUUUCGUAUUGUGGCACACCCUUGAAUGUGUCUGUACCUCAGUGUGGUUCGGUUACCUCAAUGAAGCAACCUAAGUUUGUCGAGGAUGGGUAACAUUUUGCUUUUUUGUUAUGUCGUACUCCACAUGGAGGCCAUUUGUGACUGGUAUCCCCAACAUCCUCUCAAAAUUCAAAAUGUGCCCACUAAUCUGAAAAGGUUGGCAACCCCUGUCCUAUAUCCCUUCCCAAUUAUUGAUGUGUUUGCAGGAGUCACUAUUAGUGGUCUCUUAUGACUCAGUUGCAUGCCCAGUUUCCAUCAGGAGCUGUGUGUUCAGUGUUGUGGGCCCAAUCUGUGGAGCUCCCAAUUAGCUGGGAUCAGACAUUCCGCUCUAUGUUGAACUUGUGGUGCUUGGUGGAGACUUUCUUUUAUUUUAGCAGGCAUUUUAAGUGAGCUUUGUGAUCAUAUAGUUCCUUUUAACUGAUUUUAUGAUAUAUGCUAUGCUCCUGUUGUAUCCCACUUAGAAAUUGUGGUAUAUAGAUAUUAAAAUAAUUGUAUUAAAAUAAAUAAAAUAAUAGGCUUCCGGGGGGCGGCGCGAACGGCAAUGGCGGUCUUCUCCCGACGGGAGAGGAAGCUCCGCUGAAGAAGGGUCGUCCGCUACGGCGAAGCGGAGACCCAACGAGAAAAACCCCAGGCAGCAAGAGCCUGGGGUCCUGAGGCUCGGCGGGCGCCAAGAGCAGCCCCCAACUGCAGAAGGAGCCUCGUAAGGGGCUCCGGAGCGUGGAGGGGGGUUGCGGCGCUGUGAGCCGUUUCACAGUCAGCGGAGUGAAGCCGCGCUGCUGCUGCCGGUGAGCGCUGAUCCCUUUUCCUGUUAAAAUUCGGACCUGGAAGAAAACAACUUAUUCGUGAGUAAAGACUGAAUCACUUGGAAUUACAAAUUUUAAAUGAGAAGUUUUAAUUUGGCUUGAAUUUGGCUAAAAGCGGAGAGACGUGGAAACAGGAAGUCCGUCUUCCGCUGCCAUUGAACUUGAAAAAAAAGCAACUAAGGCGGAGGAGUGGAGGCUGAAAGAAAGAGAAUUUAAACUCCACACAGCCAAGCAUCUGUGGAACUUACAAUUUAAAGUAAAACUAGCAAGUUAAAGAUUUGGAUUUUUAUUUGCACUUGACUUUCCCCCCUUUUAUUGGAUUACAAAUUGGAAGGUGAAACCCAGAGUCAGGAUUGCUUGAGCAUUGUAAGAGCGAGCUGCCAGUGUGGAUUUGGAUACUGUAUAUUAGAAGUUGCAACAAUCUGAGGGUAUUGAGACCUUUUAAACUUGAAACAUUCUUUUUGGAGACAAAUAAGCACUGUCUGUAACAAAGUGAUUACUUUUAAACUCUGCUUAAUACUUAUACUGGAAGGUUCUGGGACAUUAAAUCAGACUCUGAAAGACAUCUUAAGCUCCCUCUAGAGGAUUGGAUUAAAACAGUGACUUUACAAAUACAUUUACUUUCGAUUCCCUUGUUGUUUGCUUGCUCUGGGCCUUUCUAUUCCUGUGGGAAAAACUCAGUGUGACCUUGACUGAUAGAUAACAUUGGAAUGAGUGGUACAAGAAGAAGAGGAAGAGUUAGACAAACAACUCUAACAACUCUAACCGCAGCCUCGCAGACACGUAGAUCAUCUGUGCCUACUUUGCCCUCAGAAGUACAACUUGAAGAAGCUGUCUUGCCACAGGCAAAAGAGGGAGAGGGUGAAGCAGAGCAGUUACAAUUGGAAGAUAUGGCCUCAGGAGCUUCUGUUUCUGUGCUAGAAAAAAUCUUUGAAAAAUUGGAAGCUUUGGACAAGAAAGUAGAUGCGCAAUCAGCAAAGAUUGAUAAAAAUACAGAUUGUCUAAACAAACUAACUACACAGGUGGGACAGAAUACACAAGCAAUCGGACAGUUGACGGAGGCCUCAGUAGAAAACCGAAAAUUGGCUGAGGAUACCAGACAAAAAUUGGAAAAUUUAGAGCAGGAGGUAAGACCACUCACCAAACAAGUUGGGGAACAUCAGACUUAUCUUUCUAUGAUAGAACUGCGAAAUCGUGAGAAUAAUUUGAGGAUUAGAUCAUUACAAGAGGCAGAAGAAGGAAAUCUAACUGAGUUUUUGACCAAAGAACUUUCCAAGUUCUGGAAUUUGGAAGAAAAGGACUUUAAAAUUGUGUCAGCUUUCAGACUUGGAAGAUUUAUAAAGAAGGAGAGGCCCAGGGACUGUUUGAUUACAUUGAGAUCGAAGGAGGAAAGGGAUAAGAUUUUGGGUCUACAUUACGAAAAGUCACUGGAGGUUUUGGAUAGAAGAAUUGAGAUAUAUAAAGAUAUCCCAAGACAACUGUUGGACCUUAGAGCCGCCUACUCUGAACUUGCUAAACUAUUAAGGAGCAACGCAAUUCCAUUCAGGUGGGAAUUUCCCCAAGGAUUAUCUUUUACCUUUAGAGCGAGAAAGGUUAAAAUUAGAACAUUGGAAGAGAGAGAUAAAUUUCUGGCUACAUACGGAGAGGACCUACACAAAGGAAUUGAACUACCUUCCGGGCCUGGGGCUAAGCCAGCAUCAAUACCUCCACCCGGGGAACUUGAAGACACAGAGAAGACACCACCCCGGGAGAAAUAACCAGACAGAUCCAGGAUGUCUCUGCAACUGUUGAGCUGGAAUAUUAAUGGUUGUAAUAUUCCGGAGAAAAGGAAGAAAAUAUUUCAUAUAUUAAAAAAAGAACAAUUGGACAUUAUUUGUUUACAAGAAACACAUGUGACGAGGCUCCACAGAAAAGUGUUAAUAAAUAAAAGAUUGGGACAGGAAUUUAUUUCGUCGGACAAAGUUAAGAAGAGAGGAGUGGUGAUAUAUGCAAAAGAGAGCCUGUCACCUAAAUUUCUAUUUAAAGAUGAACAUGGAAGGAUUCUGGCUAUUGAGAUACAAUAUCAAGGAGAGAAACUGCUGAUAUUAGGAAUCUAUGCGCCCAAUGAAGGGAAAUCGGAAUUUUACAAGAAGUUGCAGGGGACAAUGCUGGAUCAUCUGGAUUACAACAACAUCAUAAUGAUGGGAGACAUGAACGGGGUCGUGUCAACUAACAUGGACAAGUCGCAAAGUCAAAAUGUCACAAAAGAUGGCAGACUACCUAAAACCUUUUUUUGAAAUGACUGACAAUAUGGACUUGAUCGACAUUUGGAGAACAAAGAACCCACUAGGUAGAGAAGGAACAUUCUUUUCUGAAGCCCAACUGACCUGGACAAGAAUCGACCAAAUAUGGAUCUCUAGAGGCCUGGCACCUAGGGUUAGAAAAGUGGAAAUCUGCCCAAAGACCUGCUCUGACCACAACGCAGUAAAGAUGGAUAUGACACUACUACCAACUGGAUCCUUUAGAUGGAAGAUGAAUGACAAUUUGUUUAGAGAUCAGGAAAUUACCAAGAAGGCCCAAAAAGUUUUGAAAGACUAUUUCGAGAUAAACAUGAACAAUUCGGUGGAAAAAAAGAAUCGUCUGGGACGCAAGUAAAGCUGUCAUGAGGGGAUUCCUGAUACAACAGAAUGUAGUAAAGAAAAAAACACAAAAUGAGAAAAAAGACAAGAUUUUGGAUAAAAUAAAAGAAUUAGAGAAGAAAUUAAGAGUGAAUCCAAAGUCACAGCCAACUCUGAGAGAAAUUAAACUGUAUCAAACACAAUAUUCUAAAUUGAUAAAUCAGGAAAUUGAAUGGAAGAUUAAAUUAAUGAAACAAAAAACGUUUGAGUCGGCGAAUAAAUGUGGAAAACUGCUAUCUUGGCAGUUGAAGAGAAGACAAAGAUUAAAUACGGUUACAAAUCUAGAGGUCGAUGGAAGAAACAUUCAGAAUCCAGUGGACAUUAGAAAGUGUUUCCAGAGAUAUUUUAAAAAACUAUAUACCCAAGGGCCGCAAGACGAAGUUGAGAUUAAACAAUUUUUGGCAAAAAAUGGACUAUCUAAACUGUCACAAGAAAAUAGGACAACCCUGAACUCUAAAAUAACACGACAGGAGAUUGAACAAGCUAUUCAGAACAUGCAACUUGGCAAAUCUCCAGGGCCAGACGGGCUGACCUCCAAGUAUUACAAGACAUUAAAAGACUAUUUGAUACAACCCUUGAUGGAGGUUAGCAAUGAAAUUAUGGAGGGAAGAGGGCACCGGACUCGUGGAAGGAAGCGUUUAUCACAUUGAUACCAAAGUCAGAAACUGAAAAGACACAACUGAAGAACUACCGUCCCAUCUCCCUUUUAAAUGUGGAUUACAAAAUAUUUGCAGAUAUUUUGGCAAGUAGAUUUAAAAAGUUUUAAAUGAAGUAAUUCAUAAGGACCAGGCCGGUUUUCUCCCAGGUAGACAUCUGUUUGCUAACACAAGGAACAUUAUUGAUAUUUUGGAACUUCUCCAAACUGACAUAAAUACAAAAGCAGUUUUAAUUUUUAUAGAUGCGGAGAAGGCCUUUGAUAAUAUUUCUUGGAAAUUUAUGAUGGGAAACUUAAAAGAGAUGGGAGUGGGACGGGGUUUUGAGAAUGGGAUUGAGGCGAUAUAUUCAGAACAGAAAGCUAAACUGAUAGUUAAUAAUGUGGUUACAGAAGAGUUCAAAAUUGAAAAAGGGACACGACAAGGUUGCCCUAUUUCCCCUUUGUUAUUUAUUUCGGUCCUGGAAGUGCUAUUGAACAUGAUUAGAGGGGACCAGUUGGUGGAAGGAAUUCAGGUUGGUCAGAAACAAUAUAAACUAAAAGCUUUCGCAGAUGACCUGGUUUUGACCUUGCAGAAGCCAGAGCCUAGUACGAAAAGAGUAUUACAAUUGAUUAAUGACUUUGGUCGGGUGGCGGGAUUUAAAUUAAAUAAACAGAAAACCAAGGUUCUGGGGAAAAAUUUGACCGAGACAGAGUCAGAACGGUUUCAGAAUGAGACGGAACUUAAUGUGGUUAAAAAAGUAAAAUACCUAGGGGUAAACAUAACAGCAAAAAAUCUAAGUCUAUUUAAGGAUAAUUAUGAAAAAUGUUGGACAGAAAUUAAGAGAGACUUAGACAGUUGGUCAAAAUUGAAACUUUCUUUGUUAGGCCGAAUUGCUGCGAUUAAGAUGAAUGUAUUGCCAAGAAUGUUGUUUUUAUUUCAAACACUUCAGGUUUUGGACAAAAUGGAGUGCUUUCAGAAGUGGCAGAGAGACAUUUCGAAGUUUGUCUGGCAGGGCAAAAAGCCCAGAAUUAAGUUUAAGAUACUAACUGAUGCAAAACAAAGAGGGGGCUUUGCCCUGCCGGACUUAAGGUUGUAUUAUGAAGCCGCAGCGUUCUGCUGGCUAAAAGAUUGGCUACUUCUUGAAGACACUGAUGUGUUGGAUUUGGAGGGGUUUAACAAUGUUUUUGGAUGGCAUGCAUAUUUAUGGUAUGACAAAGUUAAAGCAAAUAAGGCCUUUAAGAACCAUAUUGUUAGAAAAUCACUGUUUAAUGUCUGGACAAAAUAUAAAGACUUGCUGGAAAAUAAAACACCAAGGUGGCUUUCACCUUUGGAAGCUAAGGCCCGACAAUGACCCAAGCGGGAGGCUCAAUGGCCAAAAUAUGGGGAAAUCUGAGAAAAGGCUGGAGACCAGUGGAAAUUGCAGAGUUUGGAGAAAAUGAAAGACAAAGUGCGAGAUUGGUUACACUAUGCUCAGAUUAAAGAAGUUUUUAAAAAUGAUAAGAAACUAGGGUUCCAGGUGGAGAAAUCGAAAUUAGAAACAGAAUUGUUAGAACCAAAGACUAAGAUACUUUCAAGGAUGUAUAACUUGCUGUUGGAAUGGAAUACACAAGAUGAAAUGGUCAAAUCGGCUAUGAUAAGGUGGGCACAGGAUAUUGGGCAUAAUAUUAUGUUUGAGGACUGGGAAAGGCUGUGGAGUAAUGGAUUGAAAUUUACUGCAUGUAAUGCUUUGAAAGAAAAUGUAAUGAAAAUGAUUUAUAGAUGGUAUAUGACCCCAGUCAAACUCGCAAAAAUUUACCACCUGUCUGAUAACAAGUGCUGGAAAUGUAAAGAGUGUGAAGGAACGUUCUUUCACCUCUGGUGGACCUGCCCUAAAGUGAAGGCGUUCUGGGAAAUGAUUUAUAAUGAAUUGAAAAAGGUAUUUAAAUAUACUUUCACUAAGAAACCAGAGGCUUUCCUUUUGGGUAUUGUCAGCCAAGGGGUGGCAAAGAAGGACCAGACAUUUUUAUGUAUGCAACAACAGCAGCAAGGAUACUACUCGCAAAACAUUGGAAAACUCAAGAUCUACCCACACUGGAAGAAUGGCAGAUGCAACUGAUAGACUAUAUGCAACUGGCUGAAAUGACUGGCAGAAUCCGUGACCUGGGAGAAGAGAGAAUCGAGGAGGAUUGGAAGAAAUUUAAGAACUAUCUACAAAAACAUUGUGAUUUGACUGAAUGCUGAAUAAGAUGCUAGACUAAAUAACUGAGCACCACUUAACUUAGAAGUUUUUAAGAAAGUAAGAAAAACUGUGAAAGUUUAACUCUUUAUGAGAACUUUAAGAUUAUGAAAUACCAAAGAGAUAUAAGAACUUAAAUAAGAUGAUAAAUUGCUGACAAAAUGUUAUAAUGAUGAAGGUGGGAGCGGGAGGUGUGAGGAAGUCCAAAGAAAAUGUGAAAUUAUGUUAAGACGAAUGUUAUAUUGUUUAUUACACUUAUUCUUAUUGUAAAAUCUAAUAAAUUGCUUUAAAAAAAAAUAAAAUAAAUAAAAUAAUAAUACAAUGUAGCUAUAAGGGUGAAACUAAUAUUUAAAUUUGAAUCAAAAUGACAGCAAAUAUCUUAAACUUUUGUAACACCUAGAUACAUUUCUCAUUAUGUGUAGGAAUUAAGCUAAUGUUUAAAAAUUGUUCCUGACCUUUAAAAGAGUUCCUGACCUUUAAAAGCAUGUCAUUGUGUUCUCUGUCAUGUGCUCUAACUGAACUGAAGGUUCAGUGAGUCUUACAUAAUCUACUUCAGGCACUAAAAAUCAUAGACAUCACACGUUGUAGAGUUGUAAGGGAAUUUACCUUUUUGUUGCAUUUUCAAGUCUCCAUGGGCUUACAUAACGGGUGGUAUCAGUGAAAUAAUAUAGAACCAAACUGGGUUUUGUAUGUGUUACAAAAACUGUUGACCUUUUUCCUUAAUUGGUAUUUCAGUUGACUCCAUUGUAAUUUGUUUUAAUAUCUGUUUGUUUUAAUAUUUGUUUUAUCUGUAUGUUGGGCUAAUACAAUUGUUGAGAUUCCAUCUGCUCCUUUCUUCCUUUCAGAAUGUUAAUUUGCUAUGUAAUUCUAAUAACAAUACAGUGGUACCUCGGUUUAUGAACUUAAUCCGUUCCGGAGGUCUGUUCUUAAACCGAAACCGUUCUUAAACCGAGGCGUGCUUUCCCUAAUGAGGCCUCCCGCCACCGGUGCCCUUCCACCGUUUGGAUUCUGUUCUUAGACCGAGAUAAAGUUCGCAAACCGGGACACUUCUUCCGGUUUUGUGGAGUUCUUAAACCGAAUAGUUCGUAAACACAGCUGCUCUUAAACCGAGGUACCACUGUACUUCCAUUUUAGUGGAAUGUGGAGUAUUUUGGAAAGAACUAGGCAAAUAAUUGGUAUAGAAGGAAAUAUUUGGACUUGAGAGAAAGUAUUACCAGAAGCCUGGGUAGUGGUGGAGUGAGAAGCUUUGCAGAGCAAAGAAAUCAUUACCUUGCUGAACUCUUAACCUAUCUUUAGUCUGUCUGUUAAAUGUCUACAUGUCUCUUUGUUCUGUAGCAAUUCAGAAUCGUAACCCUGUGUGGUACCAAGCAUUGACACGUGGUCUUAAUGAAGAACAAAGAAAACAGUUACAGGAUGUAGCAACUUUAGCAGAUCAGCGAAGAGCAGCCCAUGGUAUGCAUAUUUUCACUAUGUUUGAUAUAAUCCGUUACUAUUAAAUGCUGGCUAUAGUAUUAGCAUUUUAUUAAGGGACCUAAAAGUUCUCCGUCUCACCCUGUUCUAAGAAAAAAGAGGACCUGCUUGUAGGGGACAAGCUUUGCGUUGAUCUUGCAGCUUAUUGAAGUACCAAUUCUUGAAACGGAAAUUUCUGGGCUUGAUGCCACCUAAUUGACCGUUGAUUUUUCUGGGAAGUCACAUAUGCAUGUGUAUGUGUUUUCUAGCAAUUCAGAUGGAGAAAGGGCAUGGCUGUGGACUUGCCUGUCUUCCAAGUGUUUUUGUUUUUUUGUAAAAAUGUUAGAAUUCUCUUUCUUUUCCUUUUGGCAGCUGGUAUAUGUUUCAAGUUUGCAUGCCCUGUUUCUCUUUCUUGCCCCUGAUACAAGUGGGUCUUUGCAUAGGAUUACCAAAGUUAACGUUCACCAUUCAGAUCUUGUAAUACCUUGUACAUUCAGAAUUGUCGAGUUGGAAGGAACCCUGCUGAGGGUCUUCUAGUCCAACCUCCUGUUAUGCAGUAGUUAAAAAACAAAGCUUGGAUUAUGUAUUUAUUAUUGCUUUUAUAACUCUCCUUUCUUCCAAGGAACUCAAGUUGGCUUACACAUUCCCCCCACCCCCCAUUUUUGGGAAUUUGAACUCUGAUAUUUCAUGUUCUAGUAUUCUGCUUGAAAUUGAGUUUGUCUCUGAAGAUAUUUGAAAAUAUACCGUAAUUUCUUGUUUUUAAAAUGGAAGCCCUUCAUUGCAUGAAUGUGCACAUCAAGAGCUCGAUAAGCUGUGACAAGACAUGGUUUGUGACUUUCAGAUAAUUAUAUUUUUCUCUCCCUUUCAGAAUCCAAAAUGAUUGAAAAGCAUGGUGGAUACAAAUUCAAUGCUCCAGUUGUGCCAAGUUCAUUCAAUUUUGGUGGUCCAGCCCCAGGAAUGAAUUGAAUUAUCACUACUUUUCCUCCUACUGUGUGAUUGUAGUGAAGAGCUUGUGUUCCUCCCAAUAGUGGUUCCAGAACUGGUUCAUGUUAUCUACAGCUCACUCUAAAUGAAUUGGUAGGUUGAACAUUUAAAAAAGAAAAGCCAACCCAGGAAGUGGGACUUGAUCAUGCAACCGAAUACUGGAAAGGUUUUAUGAAGAUAGGAAGAACCUGACACUUGAGCUUCAAAUAACACGCUGUGGAAAUCAGAAAUCAAGAGGUAAUGUCAUGAAGACAGCUUCCUUUCUAUGAAGAAAAAAAGGCAUUGGCUGCAGGACUGUUGGAAAGGUCUCAUUUACAGUACACAAGCUAGAAGGCCAAUUUAAUUUUUACACCUGUGGGACUAUGAGUAUUUGCCCAAUCUUUUCCCCUUACCCUUUCUCCUGCUGGGUAUCUAUUCUUUUAAUGUACAUAAAGGUAAUUGGAUAGCCUUACUUAACACUUCAUCAUUUCCAUUUAUCAAGAUUGUUCAUAUGUAGAAUAUCGGACACUUAUUGUAGCACUACAUAACUGAUUAAAUCUGUAAAUGAUUUAGCAUUUUCAUAUUGAAACAAGCCUGCUAGCCUAUGUACAAAAAUAGCAAAAUGUUUGUUUAUAAAAAAGGGAUGUUCUGGGGAAAAAUUUCAAGUUAUUUAAAACUAGCAGUUUUGUACCUGGUGACUUUGUGGUGCAGUCACCACUGGUUGUGACUUGAAUUUGGUUAUGUACAAAAGGGGUUAGUGGUAUUUCAUUGCUGCUAAAAAAGAAAAAAAAUGGCAACACCCUCUGUGUCCUUUGUUUUUUCUUAAAGCUGUCAAUGUACAAGUGGAAAUUUGGAUACAGAAACCUUCAUGUUUUAAAGUGCUGAGAGGGGAGUUCAUUUUCUCAGCAGCAUGUGAAAUCUGACAUGAAGAUUUGCUCUUACAGGAGUGUAUUUUGAAGUGUGGUGGUGAACAUCUACAUAUGCAAUCUAUUAAAAAAAGUAAUUUGGCUAACUUGGGUUGGAUCUGAUUGAAGUUUAUUCCCAUAUUUGGGAAUAUUAUUAUUCUCAUCCUUUUGCUUCUUUUCUAGGACCUGGGUAGAGGUUUUAACAUCUCUAUUCUCUCUUGUUUUCAUACCCACCCUGGCCUUGCUAUGUCCAAAAGCAGACAUUCUUUCAUUUGCCUGAUCCAGCUAUAUCAAUGGCUUGGUUCAUAUCCCAGCUUAUUGUACCAAGAUAUUUUGCCUGAGCACAUAACCCUUUCACGUAAGCUGUGAUUAAAGCAGGGAGACUCUAACUGGGGUUUGCCUUUACUGUAUAUCUGAACUGAGAAAUGGUGGUUACCGUUUCAGAAUAAGCCAGGAUCACGAACAGUGUUUGAGAUUGGCUUGUUUGAUGGAUAACUAUGGCUAAUCAGAGAUUUCCUGGUUUAGUUGUGGCUUGCACAAAGGGCCUGCAUGCUUGGGCAAAAAGAUUUGCUCAUAUUCCAGCUUAUAAAGCUAAGGUAUGAUCAUGUGAACAUGGCUUUACGGUUACCAAGUCUCAUUUUUGAAGCUCCAAUUUGUUCUCCCUUGCCUCCAGGUGGUAUAUUAGUUAGUAUAUUAACUAGAAAGGUAACAAAGUCCUUCCUACUGGGACCACUAUUAAAAUGAUUCAGUGAAAAAGCCAACAACAAAAUGAUGUGUUUGGCCUGGCUUAGGGCCCAUCUAUAAAACACAUAUAUAAAAUCUUAAAUGCUGAGGUUCUUGAUCUUGCCUUGAGAUCACUGGUGUCAAAUAUUUUAAGUAAAAUGUUUUUCCCCUCCUGGCUGUUUUUUUUAUUCAAUGUCAUCUGCUGUUACAAUUGAUGCUGAACAAGCUACCUUAAUUUAAGUGUAAACCUUCAGAACUUUAAAGGCAGGUUGAAAAAUGAUCUGAAUUUAUAUCUAUAAAAUGAAACUGAAAUGAACAUAUAUAUUAUGAUAUUCAAAAAUGCAGUCUUCGGAAAAACAAUUUGUGUGAUGCGUGUUUGUUUUGUAUGUAUCUAUUUUGGGGGGUGCUUGGAAUGUAAGGGUUCCUAACAGAAUACCUACCUCUCACUUGUCUCAAGCCAGACGAAGGGCUUUCCCUUUGCACUCAUGGGUUCAUUCUUGACUGUGGUCUUCAAUGUGGAUUUGAUUAAGGCAGGCUUAUGUAGCAUCCAAAUUGCUUGAGAGAGGACGAUCUUCCAUCUAUCUUUUUAUUCAGGUUCUGGUCAGACUAGCAUAAUAAAGUUGGAUUCCUGAACCUGUC